UCUAAAGUAGAGCAUCAUGCACAGUGCCAGUGUUAGAGGGCUGAACAGAGGAACUUCUCUCUAAAGUAGAGCAUCAUGCACAGUGCCAGUGUUAGAGGGCUGAACAGAGGAACUUCUCUCUAAAGUAGAGCAUCAUGCACAGUGCCAGUGUUAGAGGGCUGAACAGAGGAACUUCUCUCUAAAGUAGAGCAUCAUGCACAGUGCCAGUGUUAGACGGCUGAACAGAGGAACUUCUCUCUAAAGUAGAGCAUCAUGCACAGUGCCAGUGUUAGACGGCUGAACAGAGGAACUUCUCUCUAAAGUAGAGCAUCAUGCACAGUGCCAGUGUUAGAGGGCUGAACAGAGGAACUUCUCUCUAAAGUAGAGCAUCAUGCACAGUGCCAGUGUUAGAGGGCUGAACAGAGGAACUUCUCUCUAAAGUAGAGCAUCAUGCACAGUGCCAAUGUUAGACGGCUGAACAGAGGAACUUCUCUCUAAAGUAGAGCAUCAUGCACAGUGCCAAUGUUAGACGGCUGAACAGAGGAACUUCUCUCUAAAGUAGAGCAUCAUGCACAGUGCCAGUGUUAGAGGGCUGAAUAGAGGAACUUCUCUCUAAAGUAGAGCAUCAUGCACAGUGCCAAUGUUAGAGGGCUGAACAGAGGAACUUCUCUCUAAAGUAGAGCAUCAUGCACAGUGCCAAUGUUAGACGGCUGAACAGAGGAACUUCUCUCUAAAGUAGAGCAUCAUGCACAGUGCCAGUGUUAGAGGGCUGAACAGAGGAACUUCUCUCUAAAGUAGAGCAUCAUGCACAGUGCCAGUGUUAUAGGGCUGAACAGAGGAACUUCUCUCUAAAGUAGAGCAUCAUGCACAGUGCCAGUGUUAGAGGGCUGAACAGAGGAACUUCUCUCUAAAGUAGAGCAUCAUGCACAGUGCCAGUGUUAGAGGGCUGAACAGAGGAACUUCUCUCUAAAGUAGAGCAUCAUGCACAGUGCCAAUGUUAGAGGGCUGAACAGAGGAACUUCUCUCUAAAGUAGAGCAUCAUGCACAGUGCCAGUGUUAGAGGGCUGAACAGAGGAACUUCUCUCUAAAGUAGAGCAUCAUGCACAGUGCCAGUGUUAGACGGCUGAACAGAGGAACUUCUCUCUAAAGUAGAGCAUCAUGCACAGUGCCAGUGUUAGAGGGCUGAACAGAGGAACUUCUCUCUAAAGUAGAGCAUCAUGCACAGUGCCAGUGUUAGAGGGCUGAACAGAGGAACUUCUCUCUAAAGUAGAGCAUCAUGCACAGUGCCAGUGUUAGAGGGCUGAACAGAGGAACUUCUCUCUAAAGUAGAGCAUCAUGCACAGUGCCAGUGUUAGAGGGCUGAACAGAGGAACUUCUCUCUAAAGUAGAGCAUCAUGCACAGUGCCAGUGUUAGAGGGCUGAACAGAGGAACUUCUCUCUAAAGUAGAGCAUCAUGCACAGUGCCAGUGUUAGAGGGCUGAACAGAGGAACUUCUCUCUAAAGUAGAGCAUCAUGCACAGUGCCAGUGUUAGAGGGCUGAACAGAGGAACUUCUCUCUAAAGUAGAGCAUCAUGCACAGUGCCAGUGUUAGACGGCUGAACAGAGGAACUUCUCUCUAAAGUAGAGCAUCAUGCACAGUGCCAGUGUUAGACGGCUGAACAGAGGAACUUCUCUCUAAAGUAGAGCAUCAUGCACAGUGCCAGUGUUAGAGGGCUGAACAGAGGAACUUCUCUCUAAAGUAGAGCAUCAUGCACAGUGCCAGUGUUAGAGGGCUGAACAGAGGAACUUCUCUCUAAAGUAGAGCAUCAUGCACAGUGCCAAUGUUAGACGGCUGAACAGAGGAACUUCUCUCUAAAGUAGAGCAUCAUGCACAGUGCCAAUGUUAGACGGCUGAACAGAGGAACUUCUCUCUAAAGUAGAGCAUCAUGCACAGUGCCAGUGUUAGAGGGCUGAAUAGAGGAACUUCUCUCUAAAGUAGAGCAUCAUGCACAGUGCCAAUGUUAGAGGGCUGAACAGAGGAACUUCUCUCUAAAGUAGAGCAUCAUGCACAGUGCCAAUGUUAGACGGCUGAACAGAGGAACUUCUCUCUAAAGUAGAGCAUCAUGCACAGUGCCAGUGUUAGAGGGCUGAACAGAGGAACUUCUCUCUAAAGUAGAGCAUCAUGCACAGUGCCAGUGUUAUAGGGCUGAACAGAGGAACUUCUCUCUAAAGUAGAGCAUCAUGCACAGUGCCAGUGUUAGAGGGCUGAACAGAGGAACUUCUCUCUAAAGUAGAGCAUCAUGCACAGUGCCAGUGUUAGAGGGCUGAACAGAGGAACUUCUCUCUAAAGUAGAGCAUCAUGCACAGUGCCAGUGUUAGAGGGCUGAACAGAGGAACUUCUCUCUAAAGUAGAGCAUCAUGCACAGUGCCAGUGUUAGAGGGCUGAACAGAGGAACAGAGAGUUUAGGGUGAAGUACUGCAGGCGUGCAUUUCUGAGUGACAUGGAAAAUUCCUCACUCAUCUCACACUCUCACUCUCUGUCCUUCUCUGUGUGUGACAGGGUCUGGGUAGUGACAGGGUCUGGGUAGUGUCAGGUCCUGCUUUUUACAGUCCCCUAGCUCUGCUCUAAUCUACUAUCUGUGUUUGUGUGUGUCUCUAUCUAUCAGGUCCGCGAUUUCGACGUCUACUUCAUGUCGUCCACUGAGCUGCUCCAGAACACAUCAGUGCUGGCUGUUCUGCUGUUCCUGGCCCUAGUGCUACAGCGAACCUUCCUACAGGCCUCCUACUACGUCACCAUAGAGACCGGCAUCAACCUCCGUGGAGCCCUGCUGGUGAGUGACUGGAGGAUUCUGGGAUUUGUAGGAUACUGUGUUCCGAUUCUCCACCCUUUACCCAAAGUGUUCACUUGUUCAGUCUCUGUCAUGGAUUUAAAAGCAUUAGACUGGUGUAGGCAUCGACUGAAGGGAGUUUCCACCAUUGAUCAAUUCAUGGCGGGGAGUAGGGAGGUGCACAAAUAAAGUGGAGAAUCGGGACAGCCGUAGACAGUCACAGAGGUGGAGAAUCUAACAGCCGUAGACAGUCACAGAGGUGGAGAAUCUAACAGCCGUAGACAGUCACAGAGGUGGAGAAUCUAACAGCCGUAGACAGUCACAGAGGUGGAGAAUCUAACAGCCCUAGACAGUCACAGAGGUGGAGAAUCUAACAGCCGUAGACAGUCACAGAGGUGGAGAAUCGGGACAGCCGUAGACAGUCACAGAGGUGGAGAAUCGGGACAGCCGUAGACAGUCACAGAGGUGGAGAAUCGGGACAGCCGUAGACAGUCACAGAGGUGGAGAAUUGGGACAGCCGUAGACAGUCACAGAGGUGGAGAAUCGGGACAGCCAUAGACAGUCACAGAGCAGGAGAAUCUAACAGCCGUAGACAGUCACAGAGGUGGAGAAUCGGGACAGCCAAAGACAGUCACAGAGCAGGAGAAUCUAACAGCCGUAGACAGUCACAGAAGAGAAUAUACUGUAUCUAGUACGUUGUUAAUGUCCUCUGUCCUGUCCGUUUCCUAGGCGAUGAUCUACAACAAGAUCCUGCGUCUGUCCACCUCCAACAUGUCCAUGGGAGAGAUGACCCUGGGCCAGAUCAACAACUUGGUUGCCAUAGAAACCAACCAGCUCAUGUGGUUCCUCUUCCUGUGCCCCAACCUCUGGGCCAUGCCAGUGCAGGUGGGUUUUGACUAGAUAGAAUUCAGCAUAUGUCGAAAUUUACUUUUUAUAGCAGGUUAGGAGAACUUACACAGUAGGUUAGGAGAAUUAAUGUAGCAGGUUAGGAGAAUUAGGUUAAGGUUAGGUACAAGGUGUCCCCUGUAGCUCAGUUGGUAGAGCAUGGCGCUUGCAACGCCAGGGUUGUGGGUUAGUUUCCCACGGGGGGCCAGUAUGAAAAAUGUAUGCACUCACUAAUUGUAAGUCGCUCUGGAUAAGAGCAUCUGCUAAAUGACUAAAAUGUAAUGUAAAUGUUAGAAAAAGGGUGUCAAUUUGAUGUCAAUUUAACAUAAGUGCAGGUGGGGCCAUGCUGUUAAGAUACAAUCUAUCUGGACAUACUCUUUAUGUAUGAUCCAGGCAAAAAUCCCGAUCUUAAAGUGGGUUCCAAAGCAUGAUUUUGUCCCAGAAUAUGGGUUAACAAGUAUAUAUUUUUUUAAGCCAUUAUCCCCCAGUACCAAUAUGACUGUAAUAUUGUGCAUCACUAAUAUAUCCCUAAUAUAUCCCUAAUAUCCCUAAUAACUCCCUAAUAUAUCCCUAAUAUAUCCCUAAUAUCUCUAAUAACUCCCUAAUAUAUCCCUAACAUAUCCCUAAUAUAUCCCUAAUAUCCCUAAUAACUCCCUAAUAACUCCCUAAUAUAUCCCUAAAAACUCCCUAAUAUAUUCCUAAUAUCUUUGUGUUGUGUUCCUACUCAGAUUGUGAUGGGUGUGAUCCUGCUGUACUAUCUUUUGGGGACCAGUGCUCUGAUUGGAGCUUCAGUCAUCGUGCUGCUGGCUCCAGUCCAGUACCUGAUCGCUACCAAGCUGGCUGACACCCAGAAGAGCACCCUGGUGAGUCACCCUCUGUUCACUUUGAGACACUCAGGUUGAACACUGCCUGCACCAAUCCCUUAGAUCGUAGUUUCACUGUCACUUUAGAUACGAACCUGCAAGCUUUACCAUGAAUAAAUAGCCUACGUUUGAGUGAUUUCAGUUAUUUUCUGUUGUGAUGAGGGAAACAGUAUAUGAUGAGGAAACAAUAUAUAACAAAAUAUUCAUCUUUCUAAUACUUAUUCUGUGGUUUGGAUCUUCACUAAGGCAUCUCCCUUUUCUGACAGGACCAUUCUACAGACCGUCUGAAGAAGACCACAGAGAUUCUGAAGGGGAUCAAGCUGCUGAAGCUGUACGCCUGGGAGAACAUCUUCUGUGACAGUGUAGAAGACACCAGGGGCAAGGAGCUCACCAGCCUCCGCACCUUCGCCCUCUACACCUCCAUGUCUAGUGAGACACACACCUUUGCUCUCCACACCUCCAAUGAGACACACAGCCCCUCCUCCGUUACUUUAUAAUAGCUAUCACAUCCUUUCUAUUGAGCUGUGAAAUCACCUUCAUUUUGUCCAGAAAGACACUCACGCUGCUUAUAUUUUGUUCUCAUUUAUUCCUUUAUAUUUGGGGCUCAGUUUGAAUUAAGAGCUUUGAAGUUUGAAAAUGUCUAUGUUCUCUCUAAAUGCUCUCCGUUACAUAAUAUGACCUAUUUUUCUCCCCAGUUUUCAUGAAUACUGCUCUCCCCAUCGCUGCUGUGCUUGCGGUAAGAGGGUUUCUCAUCAUUCCGGUAUCCUGCAGGCCAAUUAUAGGCCAAUUUUAGCUAGUGUUUUGCCAGCUCUGAAAUCUGGUAACAAUACUGAACUGAGUAACUGUGUGUCCCUUUGUGUCUCUGUCAGACUUUUGUCAGCCACGCCCUGAUCAACGAGACCCGACCCAGCCCCUCGGAGGCCUUCGCUGCUCUGGCCCUCUUCCACAUCCUGGUUACCCCACUGUUCCUUCUCUCCACCGUGGUCCGCUUCGCAGUCAAGGCCAUGGUCAGGUGAGAGGCCUACUGAGGACGCCCAGGGAUACUGAAUACUGGAUAGCUACCAGCUAGACAAUCUGCUGGAAUCUUAAUUGUAUCAUAGCAGUGUUAUUUAUGUGUUUGUGUGUGUCCUAUCAUAUCCUAUCCUAUCCACAGCGUCCAGAAGCUGGGUGAGUUCCUGCAGAGCGAUGAGAUUGGCGAUGACAGCUGGAGGAACGGAGACAUGUCUGUGUCCCUAGAGGCCUGUAAGAAACACCCUGGGGCGGUGAGUACACACACACACACACACACACACACACACCACCACUAUUACCGAACACUGCCCCCAUACAGGCCUGAGUUGUGUUUAGUAGGGCACACUGAAGUAAAAUGUAAACAAAACAGUAAACUAAAUGGUGUUUCUUAUUGGACAAGUCGAGGUAGUCUCUUAGUGUUUCAGUCUGUUUAUUCAGUUUGGUCCCUAAUGAACAUGACCCAAUUACUUAUCUCUCCCCCUGCCAGAGCAGCUAACGCUAGCCAUUCAGCCAGGACAGCACAGAGUCUAAUCCGGGAGCCAUUCAGCCAGGACAGCACAGAGCAGCUAACGCUAGCCAUUCAGCCAGGACAGCACAGAGUCUAAUCCGGGAUCCAUUCAGCCAGGACAGCACAGAGUCUAAUCCGGGAGCCAUUCAGCCAGGACAGCACAGAGCAGCUAACGCUAGCCAUUCAGCCAGGACAGCACAGAGUCUAAUCCGGGAGCCAUUCAGCCAGGACAGCACAGAGUCUAAUCCGGGAGCCAUUCAGCCAGGACAGCACAGAGUCUAAUCCGGGAGCCAUUCAGCCAGGACAGCACAGAGUCUAAUCCGGGAGCCAUUCAGCCAGGACAGCACAGAGUCUAAUCCGGGAGCCAUUCAGCCAGGACAGCACAGAGUCUAAUCCGGGAGCCAUUCAGCCAGGACAGCACAGAGUCUAAUCCGGGAGCCAUUCAGCCAGGACAGCACAGAGUCUAAUCCGGGAGCCAUUCAGCCAGGACAGCACAGAGUCUAAUCCGGGAGCCAUUCAGCCAGGACACCACAGAGUCUAAUCCGGGAGCCAUUCAUUUACACACAGCAUGUAAUACGGCUACUACUGUGUCACAACAGGAUUUAGACAGCUCCCAACAUGGCUAAUGGACUCAUCAGGAAGAUAGGGAACAUUCUGUUUUUAUGAUGGUUUUCGUCUGACCAAGUUUCAGAUCCGACAUGUGUUUCUAACUUAAAGCUUUUGGUAGAACUUCAGAGAAAGUGUCUGUUUGGGCAGAGCCGAUUUGGUCUCUGUAAAAGGAGUAACUGUAACUACACACCGUGUCAAUCUUGCAGCAGGGUUUAAUGGGGAAUCUCUCCCAGGAGACGUUAAGUAGCUGGUUGCUGGUAGUCUCGUCAUGUCCUCAGCUGUUCUCUGGACUUUGACAGGUUUAUUUCUGUGUUGGACUCCUCAGAAGGAGUGGAGGGAGACAGAGACCGAGUGGUGGAGGGGUUAGUGUGAGAUCGAGGAGCCAUUUGUUUAGGGCUGAAGGAUGGAUGGAGAGAUUGAUGUCUUGGGGUGGUGGAGGGGAGGAGGCAAUUGGAGGGGUUAGUGUGGGAUGUUUAGGGCUGAAGGAUGGAUGGAUGGCGGGAUGGAUGGAUGGAGGGAUGGAUGGAUGGAUGGAUGGAUGGAUGGAUGGAUGGAUGGAUGGAGGGAGGGAGGGAUGGAUGGCGGGAUGGAUGAAUGGAGGGAUGGAUGGAUGGAUGGAUGGAUGGAUGGAUGGAUGGAUGGAUGGCGGGAUGGAUGGAUGGAUGGAUGGAUGGAUGGAUGGCGGGAUGGAUGGAUGGAGGGAGGGAGGGAUGGAUGCCUUGGGGAUGAGGGGUAGGGGAUAAGAAUCUCCCUCUGGGGACAGCCUCAGUCAGGGUCUGAGUGGGGGACCUCCCUGGAGGUUACAGCGGAUGAGGGGACAAGUUCAUCACUUAAUACAAUCUCUCUUUCUCUCCCCUCUCCCUCCCUCUCUCCCUCCCUCUCUCUCCCUCCCUCCCUAUCUCUCCCUCCCUACCUCUCUCUCUCCAGACCAAAGCUAUAAACAGGAAGCAGCCCCUGCUCUACCAGAUGGAGAGCUAUGAGCAGCCAGCACGCAGGCCACUGCGGCCCAACGAGACUGAGGACGUGGCUGUCAAGGUCAGGGGUCAAAGUUCAACACCUCAACAAGCUCAUUGGCCCUUCUUCUCAGGACCUGUGACACACACAGCACCGUACACACUCGCUGACUGCAUGCACGGACACAGCAACAGACACAUAAAGUGGGGGAAAAAAGUAUUUAGUCAGCCACCAAUUGUGCAAGUUCUCCCACUUAAAAAGAUGAGAGAGGCCUGUAAUUUUCAUCAUAGGUACACGUCAACUAUGACAGACAAAAUGAGGAAAUAAAAUCCAGAAAAUCACAUUGUAGGAUUUUUUAUGAAUUUAUUUGCAAAUUAUGGUGGAAAAUAAGUAUUUGGUCAAUAACAAAAGUUUCUCAAUACUUUGUUAUAUACCCUUUGUUGGCAAUGACACAGGUCAAACGUUUUCUGUAAGUCUUCACAAGGUUUUCACACACUGUUGCUGGUAUUUUGGCCCAUUCCUCCAUGCAGAUCUCCUCUAGAGCAGUGAUGUUUUGGGGCUGUCGCUGGGCAACACGGACUUUCAACUCCCUCCAAAGAUUUUCUAUGGGGUUGAGAUCUGGAGACUGGCUAGGCCACUCCAGGACCUUGAAAUGCUUCUUACGAAGCCACUCCAUCGUUGCCCGGGCGGUGUGUUUGGGAUCAUUGUCAUGCUGAAAGACCCAGUCACGUUUCAUCUUCAAUGCCCUUGCUGAUGGAAGGAGGUUUUCACUCAAAAUCUCACGAUACAUGGCCCCAUUCAUUCUUUCCUUUACACGGAUCAGUCGUCCUGGUCCCUUUGCAGAAAAACAGCCCCAAAGCAUGAUGUUUCCACCCCCAUGCUUCACAGUAGGUAUGGUGUUCUUUGGAUGCAACUCAGCAUUCUUUGUCCUCCAAACACGACGAGUUGAGUUUUUACCAAAAAGUUCUAUUUUGGUUUCAUCUGACCAUAAGACAUUCUCCCAAUCCUCUUCUGGAUCAUCCAAAUGCACUCUAGCAAACUUCAGACGGGCCUGGACAUGUACUGGCUUAAGCAGGGGGACUCAUCUUUCACUGCAGGAUUUGAGUCCCUGGCGGCGUAGUGUGUUACUGAUGGUAGGCUUUGUUACUUUGGUCCCAGCUCUCUGCAGGUCAUUCACUAGGUCCCCCCGUGUGGUUCUGGGAUUUUUGCUCACCGUUCUUGUGAUCAUUUUGACCCCACGGGGUGAGAUCUUGCGUGGAGCCCCAGAUCGAGGGAGAUUAUCAGUGGUCUUGUAUGUCUUCCAUUUCCUAAUAAUUGCUCCCACAGUUGAUUUCUUCAAACCAAGCUGCUUACCUAUUGCAGAUUCAGUCUUCCCAACCGAGCAGCAGCACGUGGUCCUCUGUAGCUCAGCUGGUAGAGCACGGCGCUUGUAACGCCAAGGUAGUGGGUUCGAUCCCCGGGACCACCCAUACACAAAAAAUGUAUGCACGCAUGACUGUAAGUCGCUUUGGAUAAAAGCGUCUGCUAAAUGGCAUAUUAUUAUAUUAUUACAAUUUUGUUUCUGGUGUCCUUUGACAGCUCUUUGGUCUUGGCCAUAGUGGAGUUUGGAGUGUGACUGUUUGAGGUUGUGGACAGGUGUCUUUUAUACUGAUAACAAGUUCAAACAGGUGCCAUUAAUACAGGUAACGAGUUGAGGACAGAGGAGCCUCUUAAAUAAUAAGUUACAGGUCUGUGAGAGCCAGAAAUCUUGCUUGUUUGUAGGUGACCAAAUACUUAUUUUCCACCAUAAUUUGCAAAUAAAUUCAUUAAAAAUCCUACAAUGUGAUUUUCUGGAUUUUCUUUUCUCAAUUUGUCUGUCAUAGUUGACGUGUACCUAUGAUGCAAAUUACAGGCCUCUCUCAUCUUCUAAGUGGGAGAACUUGCACAAUUGGUGGCUGACUAAAUACUUUUUUCCCCCACUGUAGGCUAUCAACUCACAGACAAGCUUUAGCUCACGUACAUGUGCAGCCACAUGCAUGCAUGUGGACACAUACACAAGCAGAGGCUUCUGAGCUAUAGUCUGACAGUUGUCAUCAAACCGUACUGUAUGUAACCUUUAAACUGGCCUUUUUGUCACAUCCGCCCGGUCAUUCACUCUAGUAAGACACCACAGAUGUUACCACUGUCUAUCUCUCACAGCAGAUGUUUCAUCUCUUGGCCUGUCCAUUGUGUGAAACGAACCCUGAGGAGAAGUCAACAUUUAAACCGACAGUUUAAACUCUCAGGAACCACGUCAUGAGUCAGAGGCAGGGGAUUCUCAUGAGAACGGAGAACCCAGUGCACUGUGUCAUCAUGUUCUCAGCCCCUGUUCUAGUCUCAUUGGGGUCCACAUCCUGUUGCUAUCCCUGUGGACCCACAGCAUUAUUGUAGGCAGUCUGUUAAUGAGCUUGGGGGCGGCAGGAGGGUCCGAGGGUCGAAAGAAUGGGCUGCUGCUGUGUGUGUGAACCAGACAAAUCCUCUUUCUCUGCCUCCUCUCCCAUCUCACCCUCUUUCUCUCUCUACCUCUCUACCUUCCUCUCUGUCUCCCAUCACCCCUUCUCUCUACCUCUCUACCUUCCUCUCUGUCUCCCAUCACCCCUUCUCUCUACCUCUCUACCUUCCUCUCUGUCUCCCAUCACCCCUUCUCUCUACCUCUCUACCUUCCUCUCUGUCUCCCAUCACCCCUUCUCUCUACCUCUCUACCUUCCUCUCUGUCUCCCAUCACCCCUUCUCUCUACCUCUCUACCUUCCUCUCUGUCUCCCCUCACCCCUUCUCUCUACCUCUCUACCUUCCCUCUGUCUCCCUCACCCCUUCUCUCUACCCUCUCUACCUUCCUCUCUGUCUCCCAUCACCCCUUCUCUCUACCUCUCUACCUUCUCUCUUCUCCUAUCACACCCCUUCUCUGUCUCCUCUCUACCGUCCGUCUCUUCUCCCUCACCACCCCUUCUCUCUACCUCUCUACCUUCCUCUCUGCUUCUCUUCCAUCUUAUCCCUCCAUCUCUGCCUCCCAUCUCACCCCUAUCUUCCUCUACUCCCUCUCUACCUCUCUCUACCCCUAUCCCUGCAUCCCUAUCAGACCGUCCCCCAUCCCCUGCGGGUCCCACCCCCCGAUCCCAUGCUCCCUUUCAAUCUCCCCCUCCCCCUCCCUCUGGCCCCACCCCCUAUCCCUGCCUCCCUUUCAAGACCUCCCCCCAUCCCCUCUGGUUCCCACCCCUAUCCCUGCCUCCUAUCAAUCCAAGACUCCCCCAUCCCCUCUGGUUCCCACCCCCUAUCCCUGCCUCCCUAUCAAGACUCCCCCAUCCCCUCUGGUCCCCACCCCCUAUCCCUGCCUCCCUAUCAAGACUCCCCCAUCCCCUCUGGUCCCCACCCCCGUAACAUCCGCUCUGUCUAUUUACAAACUUAAUUAACAAGUAUCUUUUCUCAGCGGUAAUAAGACGUCUGUCUUUCAUGUUUAACUUGUAUUUAUUAGUUCUGUGUCACUGAAUCGCAGAUCUUGUGUGAUGCGUGUGGUUUUGCUGUAGGGGAUGGAAGGGAGGGGGGAUUACUGGCUAUAAUAAACAGUAGAAUCGUACAAGACAUAAAACACAACAUAACUAUGUAAACAUGCUAUUAUAUUUCUAUGUAAACACACAUAUCUAAACCACCAGCUGCAGACUAUAAAAUGGUACUCCCGAGUGGCGCAGUGGUCUAAGGCACUGCAUCGCAGUGCUAGCUGUGCCACUAGAGAUCCUGGUUCGAAUCCAGGCUCUGUCGUAGCCGGCCGCGACCGGGAGACCCAUGGGGCGGCGCACAAUUGGCCCAGCGUCGUCCAGGGUAGGGGAGGGAAUGGCCGGCAGGGAUGUAGCUCAGUUGGUAGAGCAUGGCAUGUGCAACGCCAGGGUUGUGGGUUUGAUUCCCACAGGGGGCCAGUAUGAAAAAAAAAUAAUAAUAAUGUAUGCACUCACUAACUGUAAGUCGCUCUGGAUAAGAGCGUCUGCUAAAUGACUAAAAUGUAAUGUAAAAUGUAGGCUCCAUGUCUAAUGUUUUUCUGUCAGCCUACUAAUCCCACUAUAUCCUGUUCAGGUGAACAGUGGAUUCUUCACGUGGGGAAGCAACUUGUCAACGUUGUCCGACAUCAACAUCUGCAUCCCAACAGGUAACCUGAUCCUGCUGGGAACACUAUGGCAACGCCAGGCUGCAUCUGUUUAGGAGGUCAUCGACAGUCAAUGUAGUAUAUCUAACACCAGCUGUGUGUGCGUUUGGGUAACAGUGUAGUAUAUCUCCCUGCUAUGACCUCAGGGCCAGUGGUCCGUCAGAUAUGACAUCUUGUCUGCUAAGACAAACAGGAUAGGCUGGUCCUGGUAGACCACUAUUUGCUGCAGCUGAGGGAGUAGAAGUGUUAUGUAGGAUAUGUGGAACAGUGGAGGCUGGUGGGAGGAGCUAUAGGAGGACGGGCUCGUUGUAAUUGCUGGAAUGGAAUAAAUGGAACAGUAUCGAACACAUCAACCGUAUAGAAACCACAUGUUUGACUCCAUUCCAUUUAUUCCAUUCUAGCCAUUAUAAUGAGCCUGUCCUCCUAUAGCUCAUCCCACCAGCCUCCACUGAUGUGAAAACAUGACUGCUCGAAAUUGAGUGUGUAAAGAUAUCCCGAUAUCCUAUCCUACUUUUAAGCUUUACCCAGGGCUGUAACAGACAUAAUCAAUGUAAGAUUGACAGAGAACAAUCUGUUCUCUCUAAUGCUUUAUAUAGUGUCUUCUUACCAGACAGUAUGUCCUGUGUCUGAUAUUUCCAGGUCAGCUGACCAUGAUCGUGGGCCAGGUGGGUUGUGGGAAGUCGUCGCUGUUGCUGGCCAUGCUGGGAGAGAUGCAGACCCUCAGUGGAAAGGUCUACUGGAGCAAGUGAGUGGUACCAAUCACCAUAAGCUACAUGUUAGAAGUGCUAUAAUAGGCGUAAAUCUCUGAGGUACUCAUCUCUAUUAGGUACUGAACAUGCUGAGGUCCACUCAAAGACAGAGAUGGACACACAUCUCAUUUCCUUUUGAUCCGUCUCAGUCUCGUUUUGGGAUAGUUGUGUCUUUCUAGAGUUGACAAGCUGUCAGACAGUGUUUCACUGUGCUUCACCACCAAUGCUAAUCAAAGCCUUCAUCUGUGGAAUAAGAAGCCAUUCAACCCUCAUCUUGUUGGUAUUGUCCUUCCUGUGUCCUGGUUGUGUCUGUAUCUGUCGCUGUGGCUGUUAUGGAAGGAGAGCUGGCUGCUCCUCUGUCUCUCUGUACAUCGCUCACCGUCUGCUUGCUGGUGUCAGCUUCGCCUGAACUUUGACUGUUUAAUAUCAUCUCUCUACUCAUCUCUCUAUAACACAAUCUCACCGUCACUUUUAAAACGGGACUUUUCCAUUUUCAACUCUCUGUCUUCUUAUAGCUCUGUUAUUCAUAUUUUCACUACAAACCAGAACGUCUAUGUCCAUCUCCUAGGACCAAAUCUUCAUUUGAGAUCUGCACUCAUAUUCAUGUACGCUAAUGUCAAAUUAGGAUUGGGUCGUCAGUGAUGUUCUGGAGAUGGAGCUCUGAUUAGCAUUCUUAGCAUUAGCAUUUAGAUUGAAACCUGAGCAGAAGAACAGACACAUGCUAAUUGCUAACGAACUGGGCGUUGCAGCAUUUUCUUGCCAACAACAAAUUGGUUAGGAGUUAGCGUGAUUACUUGUCCAAUAAGUUUUCAAUUGUAUAAUUUAAUUUGAUUCGGUUAAGUAUUUGUUUGGGUUAUUGAAUGAAUAAUACACUUCCGACUGGAAGGUUUUCAUUUUGAGCUAGAUUGAAUGAAAACAGUCAAAUUAGUCUGUUGUAGUUUUAGUAACUGUUGAUUUCAUUGUUCUCCAUUAAGUCACAGCCUGUUAAUACGCUGUAAUAUGACCUAUCAAGCUAUUAAACACUUCUCUCCCUUCAUACGCUGCUAUGAAAGAGGGUCCAUAUAGUUCUUGAAAGUUCUCUAUAAUACUGAUGGUGUACCACAAUUACCAUUAUAACCACUAUGUCUCCUCAAUCUGUUUAUAACGAUAACGGCUGAUCUUCUGGGGGAUCUUAGCAGUAGCAGUAAUCCAAAAUGAAAUUGACCUGCCACAUCAAGUCCACUCUUAUGUGAGCGAACGAAGGUGCCAGUCAGUACCAUAGCAGAACAGGUAGUAAUCACGGGCCGUAAACACUAACCUCAGCCUUGUCUGUGUUCUGUCUUCUGUCGUUGUCGUUGUUUUCUAUCUAAAUCAGACUGCCUGUGAGUGAGAUGCUGCACGAGGCCAACAGGUAUUUUCUCCCUCUGGGGUUUACUCUUCCCAUCUCACCCCUGUACAGUACAUUCUACAUUUAGGUCUCAACACUUAAGUCAUUUGGCUAUUAGUUGACUAGUUGAAUCAUUUAGGUCUCAACACUUAAGUCAUUUGGCUAUUAGUUGAAUUGUUGAAUCAUUUAGGUCUCAACACUUAAGUCAUUUGGCUAUUAGUUGACUAGUUGUCAUUUGGCUAUUAGUUGACUAGUUGUCAUUUGGCUAUUAGUUGACUAGUUGCAUCAUUUAGGUCUCAACACUUAAGUCAUUUGGCUAUUAGUUGACUAGUUGAAUCAUUUAGGUCUCAACACUUAAGUCAUUUGGCUAUUAGUUGAAUUGUUGAAUCAUUUAGGUCUCAACACUUAAGUCAUUUGGCUAUUAGUUGACUAGUUGUCAUUUGGCUAUUAGUUGACUAGUUGUCAUUUGGCUAUUAGUUGACUAGUUGAAUCAUUUAGGUCGCAACACUUAAGUCAUUUGGCUAUUAGUUGAAUUGUUGAAUCAUUUAGGUCUCAACACUUAAGUCAUUUGGCUAUUAGUUGACUAGUUGAAUACAUUUUACUCUCAACACAAGCCAUUUGGCUAUUAGUUGAAUUGUUGAAUCAUUUAGGUCUCAACACUUAAGUCAUUUGGCUAUUAGUUGACUAGUUGAAUCAUUUAGGCGUGCUACUUUUGAAUAAACACCAAAUAUGUGAAAGGACUGGUGGGCCCCAAGGACUGGGUUGAGAACGGUUGAUUUAGCAGACGCUGUUCUACCGACUGACUCCCACCCUCAUGUAGACCUACAUCAUUCUAGGAGAAGCCAUAACACUAUUAGAGCAGACAGUGCCCUGGGCCUGAGACAAUGACAGUAUCAUGACAGUAUGCCUGCACUGUUGAGGGAGGUAAUGCUGUAGAUAAAGCUGGCUAAUUCAAUUGACUCUUGGCUCUUUGUCUAAAUGUCUUAGCCCCGAUACACAGUUUUAGGGCUGCCCUACAAAACAGGGCUUAACUGUAAGCACACUUCUGCUAGAUUGACAUUUGAACACACAUAUGCGACUAUACACACACACACACACACACACGCGCGCGUGCGGUUCAGCUUUUCAUGUGUAAAGGAAGUUGAAGUCGAGGUGGUUGUGUCUAUCUGGCUCUAUGGACUCUAACACAUUGAACGUGACUUGCAGUUGUUUUGAGACGGACCUGUCUUUUGAAGAAACCAGGAGGUACCCCUUUUUAAACUUCCUCUGAAGGGACCCUGCCGUCACCCCCUUCCUCCCUUCCCCUGCCAUCAUUCCUUUUAUCCCUCCCUCAAUCCCUCCAUCACUACAUCCCUCCAUCACGGUGAUCAUUGAGUUGUUACUAGCUGGUCGUGGAGUGAGUCGUGGAAUGUUUGUGUGCUUCCAUGCUGGGGGUCUGGGUCUGAAGUAACUGACAGAAAAUGCUGUUUUUAGUCAGAAAACGACUGAAAAGGCAGUUAUAGAGAUUUGGAUAUAUUUUGAUACUGUGGAUUCACCAGCACGGUAUGUUUUCAACAGGAGACGAUAGGAAUACUAUACACAAAGAGACCAACAUACUCUCUUUUGCAGUUGUGUUGUUUCCAGGUCGGUGUGCAUGACCCACAGCUAACGUCUUCACUCUUAAAGGAGCAAUCUCUUUCUCUUAUAUAAUACAAUUACUCAACCAUUAAUAACCAGCAAAGGCUAACGUAUGGUGGUGGGAACACUGGUACACAAUAGUACACAAAGCACUGUGCCUUCAGACACGUAAUGCUCUUAUCCUCAAGCCUAUCCUUUGGGUCUUUGGGUAGUUCAACUGCACAUCCAAACAAGAUCAACAAACUGGACUCCCAGCACAUUGUUGUUAUUUUGGCUCAACUCUUCCAGCUCAUCAUUAACCUGUGUUUGAAACCUAAACCCACUUCCCCACUCACCGCUUGAUGUGCCUCAUUGUUGACGUCCCAAAGAUUACCCCCUCCCCUACCUCCAUGUUUGUAGUUUGAGCUCUCUCUCUUCUGCCUCCAUUUCCCAUAAUGCCUCAGUAAGAACAGGUACUCUGUGGGCUACGCUACCCAGAAGUCCUGGCUGCUGAAUGCCACUGUGGAGGAUAACAUCACGUUUGGCAGUCCCUUCAACAAACAGAGGUAAAACACCACUCUCUACUCUACUCUACCCUACUCUACUUUACUCUACUUUACCCUACUCUACUCUACCCUACUCUACCCUACUCAACUCUACCCUACUCUACUCUACCUUACCCUACCCUACUCUACCCUACUCAACUCUACCCUACUCAACUCUACCUUACUCUACUCUACCCUACUCUACUCUACUCUGCUGUAUUCUACUCUGCUGUAUUCUACUCUACUCUACUCUACUCUACUCUACUAUAUUCUACUAUAUUCUACUCUACUCUACUCUACUCUACUCUACUCUACCCUACUCUGCUCUACCUUACCCUACUCUACCCUACUCAACUCUACCCUACUCAACUCUACCUUACUCUACUCUACUCUACUCUACUCUACUCUACUCUACUCUACUCUACUCUACUCUACUGUAUUCUACUCUACCCUACUCUACUCUACUCUACUUCUACUCUACUCUACCUACUCUACUCUACUCUACCCUACUCUACUCUACUCUACUCUACCCUACUCUACUCUACUCUACUCUACUCUACCUACUGUAUUCUACUCUACCCUACUCUACUCUACUCUACUCUACUCUACUCUAUUCUACUCUACCCUACCCUACCCUACCCUACUCUACUCUACUCUACCCUACUCUACUCUACUCUACUCUACUCUACCGUAUUCUACUCUACUCUACUCUACUCUACUAUACUCUAUUAUACUCUACUCUACUCUACUCUACUAUACUCUACUGUAUUCUAUUCUACUCUACCCUACCCUACUCUACUCUACUCUACUCUACUCUACUAUAUUCUACUAUAUUCUACUCUACUCUACUCUACUCUACUCUACUCUACUCUACUCUACUCUACUCUACUCUACUGUAUUAUAUUCUACUCUACUCUACCCUACUCUACUCUACUCUAUUAUACUCUACUCUACUCUACUCUACUAUACUCUACUGUAUUCUAUUCUACUCUACUCUACUCUACCCUACCCUACUCUACUCUACUCUACUCUACUAUAUUCUACUAUAUUCUACUCUACUCUACUCUACUCUACUCUACUCUACCCUACCCUACUCUACUCUACUCUACCCUACCCUACUCUACUCUACUCUACUCUACUAUAUUCUACUAUAUUCUACUCUACUCUACUCUACUCUACUCUACUCUACUCUACUCUACUCUACCCUACUCUACUCUACUCUACUCUACUCUACUCUACUCUACCUGAUUCUACUCUACUCUACUCUACUCUACUACCUACCAUUUAUCUCUACUCAAACUCUACUCUACUCUAUUCUACUCUACCCUACUCUACUGUAUUUUCUACCCUACACGUACUCUAUCUAUAAUUCUACCCUACCCUACUCUACUUUUCUAACCCCUACUCUACUCUACCCUACCCUACCUACCUACUCUAAACCCUACCUCUAUACUCUAACUUCCCUACUCUACUCUCCCUCUAAACCUACCCUACUCCUACUCUACUCUACUCUACUCUAUUCUACUCAAACCUACCUACUCUACUGUAAUUCUACCCUACCCUACCCUACUCUAUAACUCAAAUUUAACUCUACUCCUACCUACCUCUCUAACCCUACCCUUUACCCUACCCUACUCUACUCUACCUCUACUCAAACUCUACUCUACUUCUACUCUACUCUACUCUCUACUAUAUAUCUACUUCCUACUCAAACUCUACCUCUACUCAAACUCUACUCUACUCUACCUACCUACUCUACUCUACUCUACUCUACUUAUUCUACCCCUACUCUCACUCUACCCUAUCUACCUAUCCUACUCUACUCUACUCUACUCUACUCUACUGUAUUCUACUCUACUACUACUCUAUACCCUACCCUAUCCUCACUCUACCUACUCUAAACUCUACUCUAACUCAAACCUACUCCUACUCUACUGUAUUCCUACCCUACCUACCCUACCCUACCUACUCACUACUCUACUCUACCUAUCCUACUCUAACCUACUUACUCUACUCUACCCUACUCCCUACCCUACCUACUCCUAACUCACUCUACCUCUACCUUAUCCUACUCUACUCUACUCUACUCUACCUACACUCUACUUGAUAAAUUCUACUCUACCCUACUCUACUCUACCCUACCCUAUCCUACUCUACUCUACUCUACUCUACUCUAUUCUACUAACUACCCUAUCACUACUAACCCUACCCCUACUCUACUCUACCCUACCCUACUCUACCCUACCCUAUCCCUACUCUACCCCCUCUACUACUCUACCCUACCCUACUCUACCCUACCCUACCCUACUCUACUCUACCCUACCUACUCUACCCUACCUCUUACUCUACCCUACUCUACCUACUACCCUACUCUACUCUAACCCUACCCUACCUACUCUACCCUACUCUACCCUACCCUAACCCUACUCCUACCCUAACUCUAACCCUCCCUACCCUACUCUACCCCUACUCGUACUCUACUCUAAAAACCCUACCUACCGCUACCCUACCCUACUCUACCCUACUCUACUCUCUCUACCCUCGCUACUUACCCUACUCUACUCUACCUACCCCUACUCUACUCUACUCUACUCUACCCUACUACUCACUCUACUCUACUCUACCUAGUAUACCCUACCUACCCUAACCCUACUCUACCUCUACUCUACCCUACUCUACUCUACCCUACCCUACUCUACCCUACUCUACUCUACCCUACUCUACUCUACUGUUUUCUCUACUGCUCCUCAACACCAUUCAUCAAUGUAAUUAAGACUAGACCAAUGUUUGUGUUUGGUUAAUUCACUUGGUCAUGCAUCAGCUGAGAUGUACUUUUAAUUACACUAAUUUGAUGGUCCAUCAGAUUGCUAUCACUCUUGAUGCUUAUUGAGGCUGAUGCUGGCUUAUAUCUCUUCUCUGAUGAGGACUGUUUGGGUGGGCCAUUGAAUCCCUUAGUAUCGAAGGCAGCCAUGUUUCUAACUGUGUCUUGAUAGGGGGUGUUGUCUGUCUGUCUGUCUGAUGCCCUGCUGUGUGUCUCAGAUACAAGACUGUGAUUGAUGCCUGCUCCCUGCAGCCUGAUGUAGACCUCCUGCCGUUCGGAGACCAGACGGAGAUCGGAGAGAGGGUACUGAAACACUGGCUAAAUUAUUACUUUAUUAUAAUCACGUCAUUAUUACUGUGGUUUUAUAUCUAUUCUUAUCUUUUUGGGCACAAGCCCCAUCUCUUACCUCAGACACAAUGGCAUUUUACACCAAGAACUAGUAGUGAACAGUGAUUUGGGUCAGAUUCCUUGUGUACCUGGCUACUCUUCUUAACGGUGUGUUUUUCUCCCAGGGCAUCAACCUGAGUGGAGGCCAGAGACAGAGGAUAUGUGUGGCCCGAGCUCUCUACCAGAACACCAACAUAGUCUUCCUGGUGAGUCAAUGAAGGAUAAAGUGCUUUAUCUGUCGACUUCGAUAGAAGAUCCAUUUCCUAUUGAGUUCACUGGAAGAGGCUGGAAGCUCUCCCUCAAGGAUGCAUUCUCAGAAUAGUCAGACAGAGCCAGGGUGUUCUAGGGUGUCUCUAGGUGUUAUAGGGUGUUCUCUAUGUGUUCUAGGGUGUUCUCUAGGUGUUCUAGGGUAUUCUAUGGUGUUCUCUAGGUGUUCUAGGGUGUUCUAGAGUGUUCUCUAGGUGUUCUAGGGUAUUCUAGGGUGUUCCCUAAGUGUUAUAGGGUGUUCUAGAGUGUUCUCUAGGUGUUCUAGGGUAUUCUAGGGUGUUCUCUAGGUGUUCUAGGGUGUUCUAAAGUGUUCUCUAGGUGUUCUAGGGUGUUCUAGAGUGUUCUCUAGGUGUUCUAGGGUGUUAUCUAGGUGUUUUAGAGUGUUCUCUAGGUGUUCCAGGGAGAGCCAAUUAGAGCCAAAGACAGGGACACCUUUUUAUAUUCCCUAAACAGUACACUGCUUUUGGGACAGUGUGUGUGUAAGGAUUGCACAGAUGUCGGGAAUAGGGUGCGAUUUCAGAGGCAGCCAGGGAGAGUCUCUUGUAACCAGACCAUACUGCUGACAAGAGUUGUCAUGCCGUUUACAGUCACCCCUCUGCUCUGCCAUCUGGCCUGGCUAGCCAUACACUCACACACACACACACACACACACACACACACACACACACACACACACCACACACACACACACACACACACACACACACACACAUGUACACACACACGUACACACACACCACACGUACACACACACGUACACACACACACGUUCCUGUCUCUCGCUGCUACAGACAACUCUAUGACAUCUACAUCCCAUUUCCUUCCUACUCCUGUGUGAUGUCAUCAUGUGUUUGUGUUCCCACAUCAUUUCCUGUGGCAACUGUUAAAUACACUGCUCAAAAAAAUAAAGGGAACACUUAAACAACACAAUGUAACUCCAAGUCAAUCACACUUCUGUGAAAUCAAACUGUCCACUUAGGAAGCAACACUGAUUGACAAUACAUUUCACAUGCUGUUGUGCAAAUGGAAUAGACAACAGGUGGAAAUUAUAGGCAAUUAGCAAGACACCCCCAAUAAAGAAGUGGUUCUGCAGCUGGUGACCACAGACCACUUCUCAGUUCCUAUGCUUCCUGGCUGAUGUUUUGGUCACUUUUGAAUGGUGGCGGUGCUUUCACUCUAGUGGUAACAUGAGUCUACAACCCACACAAGUGGCUCAGGUAGUUCAGCUCAUCCAGGAUGGCACAUCAAUGCGAGCUGUGGCAAGAAGGUUUGCUGUGUCUGUCAGCGUAGUGUCCAGAGCAUGGAGGCGCUACCAGGAGACAGGCCAGUACAUCAGGAGACGUGGAGGAGGCCGUAGGAGGGCAACAACCCAGCAGCAGGACCGCUACCUCCGCCUUUGUGCAAGGAGGAGCAGGAGGAGCACUGCCAGAGCCCUGCAAAAUGACCUCCAGCAGGCCACAAAUGUGCAUGUGUCUGCUCAAACGGUAGAAACAGACUCCAUGAGGGUGGUAUGAGGGCCCGACGUCCACAGGUGGGGGUUGUGCUUACAGCCCAACACCGUGCAGGACGUUUGGCAUUUGCCAGAGAACACCAAGAUUGGCAAAUUCGCCACUGGCGCCCUGUGCUCUUCACAGAUGAAAGCAGGUUCACACUGAGCACAUGUGACAGACGUGACAGAGUCUGGAGACGCCGUGGAGAACGUUCUGCUGCCUGCAACAUCCUCCAGCAUGACCGGUUUGGCGGUGGGUCAGUCAUGGUGUGGGGUGGCAUUUCUUUGGGGGGCUGCACAGCCCAUGUCCCAGAGGUAGCCUGACUGCCAUUAGGUAUGAGAUGAUCCUCAGACCCCUUGUGAGACCAUAUGCUGGUGCGGUUGGCCCUGGGUUCCUCCUAAUGCAAGACAAUGCUAGACCUCAUGUGGCUGGAGUGUGUCAGCAGUUCCUGCAAGAGGAAGGCAUUGAUGCUAUGGACUGGCCCGCCCGUUCCCCAGACCUGAAUCCAAUUGAGCACAUCUGGGACAUCAUGUCUCGCUCCAUCCACCAACGCCAUGUUGCACCACAGACUGUCCAAGAGUUGGCGGAUGCUUUAGUCCAGGUCUGGGAAGAGAUCCCUCAGGAGACCAUCCGCCACCUCAUCAGGAGCAUGCCCAGGCGUUGUAGGGAGGUCAUACAGGCACGUGGAGGCCACACACACUACUGAGCCUCAUUUUGACUUGUUUUAAGGACAUUACAUCAAAGUUGGAUCAGCCUGUAGUGUGGUUUUCCACUUUAAUUUUGAGGGUGACUCCAAAUCCAGACCUCCAUGGGUUGAUACAUUUGAUUUCCAUUGAUAAUUUUUGUGUGAUUUUGUUGUCAGCACAUUCAACUAUGUAAAGAAAAAAGUAUUUAAUAAGAUUAUUUCAUUCAUUCAGAUCUAGGAUGUGUUGUUUAAGUGUUCCCUUUAUUUUUUUGAGCAGUGUAGAUUUCUAACCCCCACCCCUGAUACAGCAUCUCUGGCUGUCAUGGGAUAGGACCGGGCACGUUUCUCCAUUCGUAGCUCAGCUCACACUGAGAAAUGUGCCAAAUAAGGAAAUACCACUCUAAACUGCUGUAUUAAUACACAGUGGGACUGCAGAGUGAACACCCAGCUAGAAGCAACAUCUAUUAGCUAAGUGCGCCUUUAUGACGUCUUGUCUCCUUCUAAUGAGGUGUCUAUCAUGCUGUGUCUCAUGAUCUCAGACCUUCUGUCCUCAGGACUGUUUACGUGUCUCAGUGUUGUGCACUAUAAAGACUAGUUAAAGCUAGGGUAAUGCAUUGGUGUUUAUUCAGGUUCCGGGGUCCUCUGGGAGCUGGGUUUCAUUGACUGAAUGUUCUGAAGUGACUUGUGAAUUAAACAUGCUGUAACUUAAUAUGAAUAAAGGAUGAUCUCCUGUUAAAAACAUAACUUCAUCCACGGCUUUCACUCUGAUAUGCUCUGAUCUGAUUGGAUCGUCUCAUGUUGUCUCUGACCCCUGAUCUCUGACCUUUACCCUCAGGAUGACCCGUUCUCAGCGCUGGACAUCCACCUGAGUGACCACCUGAUGCAGGAGGGCAUCCUGAAGUUCCUACAGGACGAUAAACGCACCGUGGUCCUGGUCACACACAAACUGCAGUACCUCAUCCACGCUGACUGGGUGAGCAUCUCAACAGUCUUGUGUGGAUUCCUCUCUUAAUGUACUCUCUACCAUUUUGCACUGGGCCUGUAUUCAUAAAGCAUCUUAGAGUAGGUAGGAGUGCUGCUGAAAUAGGAUACGUUUUUCCUUUUAGAUAGAGUAUAUAUAUAUUUUUAUAUAUAUUUAAAACAUACAAUAUACUUGCAGUGAAGCCGCUCAACAACUACAUCACAUUAGUCAUCUAACAGACUCCCAUCCAGAGCGACGCACGGAAGCAUCCAGGGUCAACGCCGUGCUCAAGGGCACGUCGACGGAUCUCCCACAAUGUCAAAAACGGGGACCCGAACCAGCGAUCCAUGAUCCCCCACACAGUUCCCCAAGAGCUGAGCCCCCCUUACUUUUACUAAGAGUAUUUGUAUAUUAGUAAUUGACUGACCCGGUCUCUCCAGAUCUCCCAACAGUACUAUUUCUAGGGUCAAUUUUAGAUCAAUGUUAUGCAUUUUCAGCCAUUCCUGAACCUGAGACCAGAAACAGGCUACCUGAGGGCAAUACCAAAACAAAUGGUCUAUUGAUUCUCUAUGAUCACAACAAAAUCUGCAGAGCUUCGAUGAUUGAAUGCCCCAAAUAUUCAACAUUUUGUUGGUGGCAAGAAUUCUAUAUAAUAAUUUUAGCUGAAAGCACAAAGUUUUGAAUCUUGCGUCCUUUUAGAUAUCAACUCAUACACCCUGUACCAUGGAAUCGGUACAUCAAAAAUCUCUUCCCAACUAUUUUGCAAUCUGUAUGGCGCAGCUGUCAACAUCCUGGUCCUCAAAUGAAACUGCUUUCCUAUUUAUGCUAUGUUUAUUCCUCUGCCAGUUUUGAUCCUUUAUAUUGGGCAGACAGACCAGUUCCCUACCUCCUCCCUAAUAAAGAGUAUUACAUGGACGGGGCAGGGGGACCUGAUCCUAGAUCACCACUCCUGAUCCUAGAUCACGAUCCUAGAUCACCACUCCUGAUCCUAGAUCACCACUCCUGAUCCUAGAUCACUACUCCUGAUCCUAGAUCACCACUCCUGAUCCUAGAUCACCACUCCUGAUCCUAGAUCACCACUCCUGAUCCUAGAUCAGCACUCCUACCAUGAGUUUUCUUUAUAAGGAUCCUGAUCUUACACUGUUCUUUCUGUGUCCCAGAUCAUAGCCAUGAAGGAUGGCUCAGUGCUGAGGGAAGGCACUCUGAAGGACAUUCAGACUUAUGAUGUAGAGCUGUAUGAACACUGGAAGACCCUGAUGAACAGACAGGACCAGGAACUAGAGAAGGUAAUAUUCAGUUCUUACUCUCCUACUGACAGAUUGUCUGUAACAGAGGAGGCUGGUGGGUGGAGUUAUAGGAGGACUUGUAGGAGCUCAUUGUAAAGGCUGGAAUGGAAUUAAUGGAACGGAGCCAAACACAUGGAAACCACGUGUUUGACCGUUUGCAUUUAUUCCAGCCAUUACAAUGAGCCUGUCCUCCUGUAACUCCCACCAGCCUCCUGUGGUCUGUAAUGUGUACUGUAGCUAAUUUACCUGCCAACCAAUCAAACAACCUUUUUUAUCUGUGCUGCAGGACACUGAGAUUGAUAACUGUCAGACUGCUCUAGAGAGGAAGACAUUGAGAAGAGCUUUCUACUCCAGAGAGGCGAAGAACCAGGUGGACGAUGACGAAGAAGGUGAAACGCAUCGUCAACACCGUAUCUCAUACCAGUUAAGUUUAUCACCACAUAUGACAAUAACCCAUCCAUUCUCUCCUCCCUGACAGAAGAGGAAGAGGAAGAGGAAGAUGACGACAACAUGUCGACCACCACCAGUCGGCGCUCUAAGAUCCCGUGGAGGGUGUGCUGGCAGUACCUGUCCUCCGGUGGCUUCCUCAUGGUAUUGCUAAUGGUCUUCUCUAAGCUGCUGAAACACUCUGUCAUGGUCGCCAUCGACUACUGGCUGGCCACUUGGACCUCUGAUAAGAAACCAGACAGCGUUCCCGCCAAUGGGACAGCUAAUGGCGAUGUCCCGGUCAAUGGGACUGCUAAUGGCGAUGCUAAUGGAAAUGCCCCAGACUUUGGAAAUGUUACAAGAGACUUUGUCAAUGCCUGCUGCAGCAGCUGUCUUCUCCAAUCUGACAAACUCAACUGGUGGUCUGGAAGCCGCGGUGAGAUAUGAACACCUUUCACUGCCAGUACUCAGUGUUAGUGGAAGUUACUCUCCUAUCACUUGACAAUGCCAUAUGUUUAACCUAACCUAUAACUUAGGAGUGAGUAAGGCCUGUUGAAAUCCUGUUAUCUGACUGAAUGUGUCUUUGUGGUUACUAGGCAGGUCAGCCUGAUUCCUACUAUGUGCCCGUGUUUAUCAUCCUGUGUGGAGCGGGGAUAGCCCUGUGUCUGAUCACCUCUCUGACUGUGGAGUUCCUGGGUCUGUCUGCUGCCACCAACCUGCACCAUAACCUGCUCAACAAGAUCAUCCACGCACCUAUCAGGUACCCACCACACACCUCACCCAUCAGGUACCCACGACACACCUCACCCAUCAGGUACCCACAACACACCUCACCCAUCAGGUACCCACAACACACCUCACCCAUCAGGUACCCACAACACACCUCACCCAUCAGGUACCCACAACACACCUCACCCAUCAGGUACCCACAACACACCUCACCCAUCAGGUACCCACAACACACCUCACCCAUCAGAUACCCACAACACACCUCACCCAUCAGAUACCCACACACUCACCUCAUCCCACACAUCAUGUACCCACACCACCUCACCCAUCAGUACCACACCAACAACACACCUCACCCAUCAGGUACCCCAACAACCUCACCCUCAUACCCACAACCCUCACCCAUCAGUACCCACAACACCCACCUCAUCCACACACCCUCACCCUCAGGUACCCACAACACUCACCUCACCCAUCAGGUACCCACACACCACCUCACCCAUCAGGUACCCACAACCCACCUCACCCUCACCCACAGACCCACACCCACCUCAACCCAACCCUCACCCAUCAGGUACCCACAACACACCUCACCCAUCAGGUACCCACAACACACCUCACCCAUCAGGUACCCACAACACACCUCACCCAUCAGAUACCCACCACACACCUCACCCAUCAGGUACCCACAACACACCUCACCCAUCAGGUACCCACAACACACCUCACCCAUCAGGUACCCACAACACACCUCACCCAUCAGGUACCCACAACACACCUCACCCAUCAGGUACCCACAACACACCUCACCCACAGACUCUUAUACUCUGUAUGACAUCAUCCAUGGUGAAAUAGAAGGGAAGUGAAUAUAGUUGAACCGGAAAGAAUGUGUUGAAUAAUGUAUGAAUUAUAAGAUAUUUCACAUUUUAUAUAUUUUAUAUAUUUUUCAUAUUAAUAUUUGAAAUAAUAUACAUUUUUAAUCUCUUUUCAGAUUCUUUGACGUGACCCCCUUGGGCCAGAUCCUGAACCGUUUCUCAGCUGACACCAACAUCAUAGAUCAGGUGAUUCUGAAAUGGAUGGACACCCUCAGUAGUUUGAUCUGUUAACUUAUUUUAGUCAGGAGUAGUGGAGCGGCAGGUACCCUAGUGGUUAAGAGCGUUGGGACAGUAACCAAAUGGUCGCUGGUUCAAAUCCUGAGCUGACUGGUGAAAAAUCUGUCGAUGUGCCCAUGAGCAAGGCACUAAACUGUAAUUUCUCCUGUAAGUCACUCUGGAUAAGAGCAUCUGCAAAAUGACUAAAAUGUUAAUGUUAAAUGAGUACUGUGGGAAUCCUCUACUCAUGAAGCUGUCUGAUGAAGGAUCUGUCUUUGGCCAUGGUGUGAUUGGACAGACUCCAGUGCUGCUCUCCAGCUGGGCUUGCCCUGAGUGGCCUUAAGAUUACAGCUCACACAAAUAUUAAGAGUUUGUCAGUCAUUUGCAGGCGUCAGAACUAGUCCAUUGUUAAGAUGAGUCCACGUCCCACGUCAUUAUCUUACGUCACUCAGGUGACCUGAGAUCGUUAAAGAGGACGAGGUCCAGAGCGUAGGUCAGAAAUGUAGCACUGACAUGAUACUAUCUCUUCCCUCUCUCUAUUCCCCCCCCCUCUCUCUCUCUCUGUCACCCCCCCUUCUCUCUGUGUGUCUCUCUCUCUCUCCCCCUCUCUAUGUCACCCCCCCUUCUCUCUGUGUGUCUCUCUCUCUCUCUGUAUCCCCCCUUCUCUCUGUCAACCCCCCCCUCUUUCUGUGUGUCUCUCUCUCUCUCUCCCCCCCUCUCUCUGUCACCCCCCUUCUCUCUGUGUGUCUCUCUCUCUCUCUCUCUAUCCCCCCUCUCUCCAGCACAUCCCUCCUACCCUGGAGUCUUUGACCCGCUCCACUCUGCUCUGCCUGUCUGCCAUCGGGGUCAUAGCGUUCGUCACCCCAGGCUUCCUCAUCGCUCUAGUUCCUCUGGCUGUGUCCUUCUACUUUAUACAGAAGUACUUCCGGGUCGCCUCAAAGUGAGUUCACUGUGCAGACCUGGUUCAUUUCAGCGUAAUGUAGUUUCCUUUACAGUAACAGUGUCUUCACAUUGUUCUGUACAGCCUUUUCUUAAUUUCCUCUCUUUCAGGGACCUUCAGGACUUAGAUGACUCCACCCAGCUUCCUCUGCUCUGCCACUUCUCUGAGACCGCAGAGGGACUCACCACCAUCCGAGCAUUCAGGUCAGUGUGCCAUACGCACACACACACACACACACAUGCACACGCACACGUGACAGAGUGGAAAUUCUGCCCAGAGCAUCGUCACACAACAUACUCAAGAAGCACUUCUAGGUUUUAGGAAGGCAGUAAUGCUGUACUUAGCCAUCCGCAUCUCAACAAAGUGGUGGAUUUACUGACACUGAACGUUAAUGCCUUUGCUUAUAUCUAAUAUUAGUGUGAAUUAAACAACUUGAAUCCCAUCUAGAACUCUUCCAACCCAGUCAUAACCAUUCAUUUAUAGAGGAAGGAGGAUAUCACAAACCCAGGAGCAUCUUUCUCUUGAUCCAGAAUUACAUUAAUUCCACUCUAAACAGUUCACGAACGUUCCUCCUUUUUCCCAGAAUCAUGGUAAUCCAACAUUAAACAGCUCCCACGCUUACUACCCCUCAAACAGCCUCUUCCUCCCUGAAGACUUCCUCAUCUUGUCAGCACCGUGGGUUCUCUCUCUCUCUCUCUCUCUCUCUCUCUCUCUCUGCUCUCUCUCUCUCUCUCUCUCUCUCCUCUCUCUCUCUUCUCUCUCUCUAUCUCUCUCUCUCUCUCUUAUAUCUCUCCUCUCUCUCCUUUGCUAUUCAUCCAUUUCGGUCUCAGAUUCUCAUCUCUCUGUCUCUCCUAUACCCAGUUGGUUUGUCAGGAGAGGGCCCGAUGAACCAUGAGGUAACUCGGACCGGCUGACCUGAAGAUGUGGCUAACAAGUCUCUAUGUGAUGACUAGGAUGGCUUAGCAUGUUCUCUUAUGUACUAAGUAAUUCUCUUUCUCACCUCUCUAAGAUCUGAAUUGCAAAGCUAACACGUCUAUGGCACCUACUCCUGGGUCAAAUGUAAUUUCAAUGGGAAGAAUUGGUAGGUAUAAGCUAAAUUAUUUUCCAUUAUUCAGGCAUGAAUCCCAGUCAAAACAGAGGAUGCUGAGUUGAGACCCAUAUGCUUCUAACCGAGUGGUUCUGUGAACUCAACCGCGGGGAGGUCAACGUGAGAGAUAUAUUCACGGGUUCUGAUUGAUAUAGAGGACGUAGAUGGGCCCUUAGCAAAAGGUUUUUUGGAAUGGGCUAUAAAAUAAGUUCUUUCCACUUGCUUAAGAUCUGAAGACUUGCAAGCUAACACAGUCUAGUGGCACCUAGAAGACCCUGGGUUCAAACCUGGUCACAUUUUCAGAUGGGAAAAAAUUGGGUAGGAUAAGCUUUAUUUUUUUUUCCAUUUGUUUUCAGACUGAAUCCGAUCAACAGAGGAUUUUUUGGGGCGACAGAAAAACAAAAACAAAAGCCUACCUGUUCCUCUCUGCUGCCAACCGCUGGCUGGAGGUCAGAACGGUGAGAGGAUAUUCAUGUCUACGGUUUUUUAACCUGACAUUUUUAAUAAGAUAUUUGAAUCCCCCCUUCCUCCCCCCCCCCCCCCCCCCCCUUUUUUUUUUUUUUUUCCCCCCCCCCCCCCCCCUUUUUCCCCCCCCCCCCUUUUUUUUUUUUUUUCCCCCCCCCCCUUUUUUUUUUUUUUCCCCCCCCCCCCCCCCCCCUUUUUUUUUUUUCCCCCCCCCCCCCCGGGCCUUUCCCCCUUUUUCCCCCUUUCCCCCCCCCCUUUUUUUUUUUUUUCCUUUUUUUCCCCCCUUUGUUCCCCCCCCUUUUCCCCUUCCCCUUUUUGGGGGGCCCCCCCCCCCCCCCCCCCAAAAAAAGGGGGGGGGCCCCCCCAAAAUUUUUUUUUAACUUUUUUUUGGGGGAAAUUUAAAAAAAUUAAAAAUUUAAAAUUUUUCCCAAUUUUUUUUAAAAAAAGGGGGGUUUUAAAAUUUUAAAAAAAAAAAAAAAAUUUUUUUUUUUAAAAAGGGGGAAAAAUUAAAACCUUUUUCCCCGGGGGGUUUUAAACCCCCAAGGGUUUUUUUUGGGUGGGAAAAUUUAUUUUUUAAAAACCCCAAAAAGGAAAAAAAAAAGGGGGGGGGAAAAGAAAAAAAAAAAAUUUUUGGGGGGGGGGAAGGGGGGGGGAAGGGGGGGGCAAGGGAAAAAAGGGGGGGGGAAAAAAAAAGGGGGAAAAAAAAAAGGGAAAAAAAAAAAAAAACCCCCCUUUUUUCCCCCCUUUUUUUUUUCCCUUUUUUCCUUUUUUUCCCUUUUCCCUUUUUUUUUUUCCCCUUUUUUCCCCCCCCUCCCCCCCCUUUUUUUCCUUUUUCCCUCCCCCCCCUCUCUUCUCUCUCCUCUCUUCUCCUCUCCUCUCCCUCUCCCUCCUCCCCUCAGGACUACCUGGGUGCUGUUAUUGUGCUAACAGCGGCAGUAGCCUCCAUAUGGAGCUCUGGCAACAAACUUCCCUCUAGCUUGGUAGGGCUAGGCCUGACCUACGCCCUUACAGUGAGUCAACGUUUCCCCAAUGUCACACAAACAUGAAUGGACCCACAGCGCAGAAACAACGUAGAGGAUCAACUUCAUCAGAUGAUAAUCUUUUUUAUAACAGGCCCUUAUUCACCUGGAUCUGAAUGUAGUUGUAUUGCCCAUUCAGACGUUUACAAGAUAUCAAGGCAGCAAGUAUUUAGACGUCGUAUUCAGUAGACCAUUUAUGGAACUAUACAGAGAAGGACUGCAUCAGUCAAAUUAAUGAGAGGAGUAUUGUUGCCAGUCCUUUGUAGAGAAGGGAUAUUUUUUAUAGCUGGGUUGUAUUCCCCUCCCACUGCCAGAAGAUGUGAGACAAUGGAAGCUGUAUUGUCCUCAGCAUUCAUCUUUGUUUUUACUGUAACAAAAACCCACAGUAUUUAUUUCGGUAGGCUUAUCACUCCUCAGAGAGCAAAGCCCAUCCACGACUCUUCUCCAUCGCACUCUCUUCUGACUGAUCAGCCUUUUAUGUAUUUUUCUCAAUUAUUAAAUACCUUUUGUUUACCUCAUAUUGUCCAAGGCUAUGAGUAAAAAAGAAUCCCCCUCAGACAUUUAAGAAGAAUAAUAAUAAUAAUAAUAAUAAUAAUAAUUAUUAUAUUAGUAUUAAUAAUAUAUUAUUAUUAUUAAUAACAAUACAAUUGAUAUUAUUAUUAUUAUUAUUAUUAUUAUUAUUAUUAUUAUUAUGUCUAUACCUAGUAAUGACACUUAAUAGAACAUGGAUGAAAUAUAUAUUGUGUUUACCUCCCGUUACCCAGGUGACCAACUACCUGAACUGGGUGGUGAGGAACCUGGCUGACUUAGAGGUCCAGAUGGCUGCUGUCAAGAAGGUCAACAGCUUCCUGAGUACAGAGUCUGAGAACUACGAAGGCUCCAUGGGUAAACUAAACACACUCCCACACCAAAUACUGCUUACCAAUACCCUGUAUUCUCUUGUGACAGAAGCUGGACAGUGCACACGCAAGAUUUGGUUUUGAGUUCGAAAUAGACCGCACUCAAUAGAACUGGGUAAUGGAAUCCUGCUGAAAUACACAGUUCCAAAUAUGAUCAUAAUCUCUGCUCAAAUAUUGUAUCUGCUCACGCUAUUUGAAUAGUCCCUCACAAAAUGAAAUCCAUAGAUGUUCAACUAAGCACUCUCCCAUGACAGACUCUAGCGGGCCGGUGUGCAUGCAAAAUCUGGUUCUGUGUUCCGAGAUUACGUAAACACUGACUGAAGCUUCCAUUUAUCAAGUGUCAACUCCAACAUGUAAAAACAUUUCUAACAGUGAGGAUGGCUUAACAUAGUAUAGGCUUCUACACAUCUCUAAGGGACUAUAUUUAGAAAUCCAUGGCAACAGAACAGCCAACCGCACAGGGCAACAGUCUGACAGUAUGGUAAUUCUUUAGAUUUACAGUGUGGGGCAGAACGACCUGACACAGACAGUGUUUCUCCUCCCGAAUUCCAACUUCAUUUCUCUAGUGUGUCUAUGUGGAGUUUACAAUAGUCCCGUUACGAGUCUUCUUCCAAAGCAGCAUGGAAAGUUUAAGUGAUGUGCUGUUGCCAUGGGGAUGUUAAAAAAGAAGAGAAGGGGUCACGUCUCUUGGGGGAAGGAAGAUAAUGGGGCUAGAACUAAGGGGGGAGGAGGAGGAAGAGAGUUCUCGAGGAACAACGAGGAGGUGAGAUUGAGGAGAGGAGAAGAGGAGAUGUCUUGAAUGCAAAGAGAGGGAGGUGAGGAGAAGGAGGAGAGUAGGAGAGAGCUUCUUGAGAGGGAGGAGAGGGAGGAGAGAGUCCCUCAUCUCUAGAGCCGUGGCCCUGCUAGAUUCCUGUGGUUAAAGAACCCCUGCCAGAGUGGGCUGUCCUCCUCCACCGUGACGCAAUGGAAAGUUUGGCCCUGUUAGCAAUACAACGAUAAUGAGUGGAGCUUGUACAAGCAACGAGCCGUCAUCUUGCUGAGUUUUAUCAUCUUUCCCUUUGAUUGAUUUAGUCCUUUUGUUUCCUCUCCGUUCGUUGGAAGCCCUUAAGUCAUGAGGAGAAAACCACCAACCCUUAUUUUAAGGACUGCAUGCAUGGUUUUAGCAGUUAAACACAGAGUACUGUUGAAGUAGCCAAAUGCUGCAGUCUAAACAGACCAGAGCCUGGUCACAGUAGGAAGAGUGGUCCUGAGCAGCACUUAGGGCACCCCUUUUGACAAAGAGACCACUGUUUACUGCAUCGUCAGUUGUGUGACUGUCCCCAAAUUCACUACUAUAUGACUGUCCUGGAUGUCCUGUUCAUGUCAAGGAAAAACUCCUAGCCCUAGUUAUUGUGUAUGAUCACAGUAUAUAAUUACACAUCUCAUUCAUGUUUUGUUAAUGGAUUCUUUCCAGAUACCUCCCAGGUCCCCGAGGACUGGCCCCAGCACGGAGAGAUAAAGAUCCAGGAUCUGUGUGUCCGUUACGACCCCCUUUUGAAGCCUGUCCUCAAACACGUUAAUGUCAACAUCAACCCCGGACAGAAGGUAAGUAACAGACCUGUGACUUAACGCAACUGUGAGAUGGCACAUUGUUGCUGUAGCUUCAAUAAAGAUCACAUUUAGGGAGCUAAGCAACCCCGGACAGAUGGUAAGUCACACCCACUCACAGAGCCAUACCAUUCCUGACUAUAUAGCUGAAUAAAGAUCACAUUUGAAAGCAGUGAAAGCAGCAAGCGGACGUUUACUUUCUGUUGGAAUCACGGCCCUGUGCCUAAACGCAACUGUGAGUUGACACGUAGUGAAGAAACGUACUAGUUCGUCGCGGCAUGCGUCUUACAGCUUUCGGCACACACAUGUCCGUUCUCUCAGGGCAGUGUUACCGAACCUCAGCAAACACCUGCUAUCUGACCAGACUGAUGAGGCUGCUUCACUUCUGCUGUGAGGAGCCUGAAUGCAGAUACACAGGUAGAGAGAGAUAUCCAGUCCAGAGCAGAGAAUCAGAGCUAUAGAGCUACAAGAACUCCUAAGACCGUGUUCUUCAGUCCUGGUCCUAGAGAGCCACGGGUUGUGCAGGCUUUUGAUCCAGCCCAGUAGCAACACACCACAGGAGGUUGGUGGCACCUUAAUUGGGGAGGAUGGGCUCGUGGUAAUGACCGGAGCGGAAUCAGUGGAAUGGUAUCAAAUACAUGGUUUCCAUGGUUUCCAGGUGUUUGAUGCCAUUCCAUUUGCUCCGUUCCAGACGUUAUUAUGAGCCGUCCUCCCCUCAGCAGCCUCCACUGCAACACACAUUAUUCAACUAAUUGAGUAGUUGAUGUCUCCUGAGUGGCGCAGUGGUCUAAGGCACUGCAUCACAGUGCUAACUGUGCCACUAGAGAUCCUGGUUCGAAUCCAGGCUCUGUCGCAGCCGGCCGUGACCGGGAGACUCAUGGGCGGCGCACAAUUGGCCCAGCGUCGUCCAGGGUAGGGGAGGGAAUGGCCGGCAGGGAUGUAGCUCAGUUGAUAGAGCAUGGCGUUUGCAACGCCAGGGUUGUGGCUUCGAUUCCCACAGGGGGCCAGUAUAAAAAAAAAAAAAGAUGUAUUCACUAACUGUAAGUCGCUCUGGAUAAGAGCGUCUGCUAAAUGACUAAAAUGUAAAUGUGAUGGAGCCCUUGACUUGUUGAAUCAGGUGUGUUAGUUCAUGCUGGGCUGGAACAAUAGCCAGGACUGAAGUAGGUGUUCUAGUAUCUCUUGCUCUGUAAGCAAGGCUGGAUAUUAGGUAUCUCUCUAUCUGUGUAUCUGUGAGUGUUUUAUAAACAGGGCUGGGUAAUAUGUAUCUAUCUGUGUAUCUGUGACUGUGUUUUAUAAGCAGACCAGGGCUGGAUAUUAUGUCUUGGAAGAGCAUGACGAGUUUAGUGUCUCCUGCUGAGCUUCAAUUUCUACAACCACCCUGUAUUCCCCUUUUAAUCUGACUCAGUUUAGGUAUCACAUGAAUCCUAAUAUACUCAAACAUCUUACAUCUGGGGAUAUAAACCCUUAGUAGAGAGGCCUGGCUGUGUGUGUGGCUGUGUGUGUGGCUGUGUGUGUGUGGUUGUGUGUGUGUGGCUGUGUGUGUGUGGAUGUGUGUGUGGAUGGUGUGUGUGUGGAUGUGUUGUGUGGACUGUGUGUGUGUGUGGAUGUGUGUGUGGAUGUGUGUGUGGAGUGUGUGGAUGGUGUGUGGUGGUUGUGGUGGAUGGUGUGUGGUGGUGGGUGGUGUUGUGUGUGGGGUGUGUGUGGAUGUGUGUGUGUGGCUGGUGGUGUGUGUGGAUGGUGUGUGGAUGUGUGGAUGUGUGGGGGAUGGUGUGGGUGGUGUGUGGGAUGUGUGUGUGUGGUGGUGUGUGUGGGUGUGUGUGUGGGAUGUGUGGUGUGGUGUGUGGGUGGAUGUGUGUGGUGUGUGUGUGGAUGGGUGUGUGGAUGGGUGUGUGGAGUGGUGGGUGUGGUGGGUGGGUGGGGGUGGUGGGUGGGGGGGAUGGGUGGGAGGGUGGUGUGGUGGUGGUGUGGUGUGGAUGUGUGUGGGUGUGGGAUGUGUGUGGGUGUGGUGUGGGUGUGGUGUGGUGGGUGUGGUGGUGUGUGUGGGAUGUGUGUGGAUGUGUGUGGUGGUGUGUGGAUGUGUGUGGAUGUGUGUGUGUGUGAUGGUGUGGGUGGUGUGGGUGGGUGUGUGUGUGUGUGGUGUGUGGAUGUGUGUGGGUUGUGUGGGUGUGGUGUGUGUGUGUGUGGUGUGUGUGGUGUGUGUGGCUUUGGUGUGUGUGUGGUGUUGUGGUUGUGUGUGGUGUGUGGUUUGUGUUGUGGUGUGUGGUUGUGUGUGUGGCUGUGUGUGUGUAGUGGAUGUGUGGGUUGUGUGGUUGUGGGGGCUGUGUGUGUGUGGUGUAUUUGACCCAAUGAGAGAAAACGUAGGUGUGGAACUGUGUAAUUCGGUCCAGAUCUAAGAAUAGUAAUGUAUUGUGGUUGAGUGUGAGGCUGACCGCUUGUUUAUGGGUAGCUCUGUCUUAUACUGUAACUACACUGGGGGGGGAAAUACAUCCUGUUGUUUUUAAGGUAAUUUACUGGCAGCCAGUUACCUGUUAGUUACUGCAAAAAAGGUACACUAUGUUACUGUAAACUUUACAGUAAUGUACUGUUAAACCAAAGUUUCUGAAAGUUUCUGAAUUUUACCUUGUGAGGAAAAACUCCUGGUCCUGUUCAUGAGAGUAGAGGGCCAAGCUGUGACAGAUUGUGUCUCCCACUGGCAUGUGAUGACUGUUUAAUAACUAUUCAACCCCCUCUUUCUCCCUCUCCUCUCUCUAGGUGGGCAUCUGUGGACGCACAGGCAGUGGAAAGUCCUCCCUCUCUCUGGCCUUCUUCAAUAUGGUCGACAUAUUUGAAGGUUAGUCUCUCUCUCCUGGCGGCAGGUAGCUUAGUGGUUAAGAGCGUUGUGCCAGUAACCGAAAGGUUGCUGGUUCUAAUCCCCGAGCCGACUAGGUGAAAAAUCUGUCGAUGUGCCCUUGAGCAAGGCACUUAACCCUAAUUGCUCCUGUAAGUCGCUCUGGAUAAGAGCAUCUGCUAAAUGACUAAAAUGUAAAAUGUCUCUGAAGCUGUGGACAGGGCCCUUGAAGCUCAAAGGCCUAGCACUUGUUACACAGCUCCCUCAUAAUGACUGUCAGUUUUCUUUUACAGUAGCUUAAAAUAAGUGGUUGUACAAAACCCUCUCACAGUCAUCCUCAAAGGCCCUCCACCGACUUCAAGGUAGAACUCUUUUUCAGUAGUGAAGUGCUAGUAGACAUAACAUAACUAUGGUGACUGACAACAAAUGCUGACACCAGAGGUCAAGCUAUUUCCUUGACUAUCCUGUCCCAAAGUGCCCUUUCAAAGUCAGAGGGAGGCUAGUGUUAUAAUAUGGUAGUUAGUUUGAGUGGAGCUGUGUUUAUUCUCAUCUGAUAAAGGGAAAUAGGUCCUCUGCUGAAAUCCAUAACCUCCUUUUAGUUUUCUCUGUUUACACAGUACGGCCCUAUGGCCACUGUCAUCCUGACAACCUGUGAUGAUGUCAUAUUUAGUUGUCCAUUGUACACAACUUUCUGCAGGGUGCCUGUUAUUAUUAGUAUGCAUAUUCCCAGCCUCUUGCCAAAUGUCAUAAAUAGAAUAAUCAAAACAUAAUCUUUGUAUUUACACCACUCCUAGUCAGCUAAUUCAGCCAAACCUAUCUUUCACCAAACCCAACAAUAUAUGCAUAUCCACACGAGCACUACUGCCGCAGACAAUUGUAUUUUACUUAACAAUGAAUGAAGACACAUAUUUGUUACCAGUGUCCCCUUAUAAAGGCAGAGGGAGUGAGCUUGAACACUACGGUGUUGACUGUAGUCGUACUAAUAGACUCGCCAGUGGACAUUCUUGGUAAGAUAAUGUCCCCAGAAAUAGACGAAAUAAAUAGACUAGAAAGUAUGUUCAGUGAGUAAUGAUCAUAAAUGUGAUGUUCAGCUUACUUGUGUAUUCUUCUACAAUAUACAGAACAGAAUGGCAUCAACAACGAGACCAUAUAUGCUUUGAUAAUGGCUGUGUUACUCUGAAAGGGCAAACAACAUGCUCGCUACAAAGUUCCUAUUCUGCUAAAGUGUUGUGGGUUGAUUCCAAGGUGAUAUCUGUUGAAGUCAUUCAUUCUGAACAUCCCUCUCUCUCUCUCUCUCUCUCUCUCUGUCUGUCUCUCUGUCUCUCUCUCUCUCUCUCUCUCUCUCUCUCUGUCUCUCUCUCUCUCUCUCUCCCUCUCUCUCUCUCUCUCUCUCUCUCUGUCUCUCUCUCUCUCUCUCUCGCUCUCUCUGUCUCUCUCUCUCUCUCUCUCUGUCUCUCUGUCUCUCUGUCUCUUCUUCUCUCUCUCUCUCUCUCUCUCUCUCUCUCUCUCUCUCUCUCUCUCUCUCUCUCUCUCGUCUUCUCUCUGUCUCUCUCUCUCUCUCUCUCUCUCUCUCUCUCCCUCUCCACCUCUCCUUUCAGGGCAGAUCAUCAUUGAUGGUAUAGACAUCUGUAAGCUGCCCCUCCAGACCCUGAGAUCUCGUCUGUCCAUCAUCCUCCAGGACCCAGUGCUGUUCAGCGGAUCCAUCCGGUACGUAGGCUACGUGUAGAACUGUAGAACGUUAGAAUGUUAGAACCCUUACCAGGACACUGUACGUACAGAGAAGAACCAGGGUGUGUGUGUGUGUGUGUGUGAGCCAGUGUGUACAUGCAGAACGUUAGAACCAUGAUACAGGGUCAGGACCCCUUGCUCUGGCUGUUGACAGUCACAGACAUGCAUGCAUACAAGAACGUGCCCAGAAGCUGACAUAAGAGACACAUUAUUACACACAUACACAAAUACACACAUACACACACACACACACAUACACACACAUACACAUACACACACAUACACACACACACACACACACACACAUACACAUAUACACACACAUACAGAGGCAGUGAAGGAUCUGGUGUAACACAAACAGACAAGACCAAUAAACAGUAACUUCCUCAUGUCUCUCAUUGGAGAAAUGGAUCAGUAGAUUAUAAUAAAUGUUAAUAAAUGCCACCUCUCUUUACACACAGUGACUGCCAUUAGGACUACAUUGUUGUAGUUUAGGAAGUUGAACAGAUAACCAUCUGCCUACACACGGGUAGAAUACAACAUUAGUGUACUACCAUAUAUUGUUCCGAACACAAUAACAUAACAAUAACAGUGGGCCUAAUUCAGUUGACUUUAUGAAGUAAAAAUUAAGUAAAACAAAUAUCCAACAUCUUGUUGUGUUUGUUUGGUUAAAAUAUGAAACUCCUCAGCAGACAUCAUGAAAGUUCUUCCCGCUCCCAGGAACAUUGGAUAGUCCUCUUAUUUAGCUCUCUCUCUGCUCUCUUCUCUCUUCUCUCUCUCUAGAGAGAAGAGCGCGAGAGAGAGAGAGAGAAGGGAGAGAAAGAGAGAGAGAGAUAGAUCUCGAGAAUCUCUCUAGCUAGAGGUCUCUCUCUCUCUAGUUAUCUUAUACUCGAUGCGAUCGAUGAGAAGAGGAUAGGAGUAGAGAGAGAGAGUAUCGAUAGAGCGGGAUAGAUGCGAUAGAUAGAGCGAGAAGAUGCGGGGUAGAGAGAGAUAGAUAGAGGAUCGAGAGCGCAUCGAUGGAUAGCGCUAGAGAGAGCUAGUGUAUAUAGAUAGAUACUGAGAGCGCGAUCGAGCGAUAGACUCUCGUAUAGCUCUAUAUCCUUAUCAUCUUCUCUAUCUUCUAUCUCUCUCUCUCUCUAUCUUCGCGCUAUAGGUUGGGUGUAGUGACACAGCUGAAGCUGUUUGGAGAUUAGCAGCAGAUAACUGAGUGCUGGUUUGUGAUAAACCACAAAGAAAGAGCCAGAUGUGGUCGGUGUUUAUUUAGAAAGACGUUCUGGUCCCGAUAAGAAAUAAAGACCCAUCCAAUAGGUCCAACGUGGCAGUAAGUCAGAGGACCUUGCGUUUAGCCAGCCCGUUGCCAUGGCGAUGUUUACAUGAACAGAGGCCUUGGGUGAUUGGUCCUACAAUAACACUGUGACAAUGGCAGACAGCGCUACAAUAGUAGCCCCACCAUGGUUAAGCAUUGAUACAUCAUUAGGCCCAGUGGAACAGUUGUAGUAUGAGUUAGUGUGGUAGUGAGUGGGGAUUCCCUCUGGCUGUGUGCUGGGGGAGUUUUAGCUAAGAGGAUGGGCAAGGAUGGGCCCCAGUCGAAAAUAUGUGGCGGGCCAAUUGCCAUGUUAUGGUCAUCCACAGACAGUAGUGGGUUCUCUCUCUCCUGCCUGGUCUCUCCCUGUCUGUUUGUCUCUCUUUUCCUCUCUCUUCUGUCUAUGUCUCUCUGUCUCUCUUUUCCUCUCUCUCUCUCUCUGUCUAUGUCUCUCUUUUCUCUCUCUCUCUGUAUUCUAUUGUCUCUCUGUCUCUCUUUUCCUCUCUCUCUCUGUCUAUGUCUCUCUGUCUCUCUUUUCCUCUAUCUCUCUCUCUCUGUCUAUUGUCUCCUUCUUUCUCUUCUCUGUUCUAGUCUCUCUGUCUCUCUUUCCUUCUCUCUCUUGUCUAGGUCUAUUGUGCUCUCUUUUCUCCUUCUCUCUCUCUCUGUCUAUUUGUCUCUCUGUCUCCUCUCUUUUCAUCUAUCUCUCUGUAUAUGUCCUCUGUCUCUCUUCCCCCCCCCCCCCCAAACACAAAAAAAUAAAAAAAAAAAAAACAGAAAAAAAAACAAAAAAAAAAAAAAGAAAAAAAAAUAUAAAAAAAACAAAAAAACAAACAACAACAAAAAAAAAAAAACCCCCCCCCCCCACCCCCCCCCCCCCCCCCCCCCCCCCCCCCCCCCCCCCCCCCCCCCAUCUCUCUCUCUCUCUCUCUCUCUCUCUAUCUCCUCAAUUCAAUUUCAAUUUAAGGGCUUAUUGGCAUGGGAAACGUUGUUAACAAUUGCCAAAGCAAUGAAGUAGAGAGAUAGUAAAAAAAGAUGAAAUAACCAAUAAAUAUUAACAGUAAACAAUUACACUCGAAGUUUCAAAAGAAUAAAGACAUUUCAAAUGUCAUAUUAUGUAUAUAUACAGUGUUGUAACAAUGUGCAAAUAGUUAAAGUACAAAUGGGAAAAUAAAUAAACAUAAAUAUGGGUUGUAUUUACAAUGGUGUUUGUUCUUCACUGGUUGCCCUUUUCUUGUGGCAACAGGUCACACAUCUUGCUGCUGUGAUGGCACACUGUGGUUUUUCACCCAGUAGAUAAGGGAGUUUAUCAAAAUUGGGUUUGUUUUCGAAUUCUUUGUGGAUCGCUGUAAUCUGAGGGAAAUAUGUGUCUCUAAUAUGGUCAUACAUUUGGCAGGAGGUUAGGAAGUGCAGCUCAGUUUCCACCUCAUUUUGUGGGCAGUGUGCACAUAGCCUGUCUUCUCUUGAGAGCCAGGUCUGCCCAUGUCGGCCUUUCUCAAUAGCAAGGCUAUGCUCACUGAGUCUGUACAUAGUCAAAGCUUUCCUUAAGUUUGGGUCAGUCACAGUGGUCAGGUAUUCUGCCACUGUGUACUCUCUGUUUAGGGCCAAAUAGCAUUCUAGUUUGCUCAGUUUUUUUGUUUGUUCUUUUCCAAUGUGUCAAGUAAUUCUCUUUUUGUUUUCUCAUGAUUUGGUUGGGUCUAAUUGUGUUGUUGUUGUUGUUGUUGUUGUUGUCCUGGGCUGUGUGGGGUCUGUUUGUGUUUGUGAACAGAGCCCCAGGACAAGCUUACUUAGGGGACUCUUCUCCAAGUUAAUCUUCUGUAGGUGAUGGCUUUGUUAUGGAAGGUUUGGGAAUCGCUUCAUUUUAAGUGGUUAUAGAAUUUAAUGGCUCUUUUCUGGAUUUUGAUAAUUAGCGGGUAUUGGCCUAAUUCUGCCCUGCAUGCAUUAUUUGGUGUUUUACGUUGUACACUGAGGAUAUUUUUGCAGAAUUCUGCAUGCAGAGUCUCAAUUUGGUGUUUGUCCCAUUUUGUGAAUUAUUGGUUGGUGAGCGGACCCCAGACCUCAGAACCAUAAAGGGCAAUGGGUUCUAUAACUGAUUCAAGUAUUUUUAGCCAGAUCCUAAUUGGUAUGUCAAAUUUUAUGUUCCUUUGAUGGCAUAGAAGGCCCUUCUUGCCUUGUCUCUCAGAUCGUUCAUAGCUUUGUGGAAGUUACCUGUGGCACUGAUGUUGUAGGCCGAGGUAUGUAUAGUUUUUGUGUGCUCUAGGGCAACGGUUCGUCUAGAUGGAAUUUGUAUUUGUGGUCCUGGCAACUGGACCUUUUUUGGAACACCAUUAUUUUUGUCUUACUGAGAUUUACUGUCAGGGGCCCAGGUCUGACAGAAUCUGUGCAGAAGAUCUAGGUGCUGCUGUAGGCCCUCCUUGGUUGGUGACAGAAGCACCAGAUCAUCAGCAAACAGAAGACAUUUGACUUCAGAUUCUAGUAGGGUGAGGCCGGGUGCUGCAUACUGUUCUAGUGCCCUCGCCAAUUUGUUUAUAUAUGUUGAAGAGGGUGGGGCUUAAACUGCAUCCCUGUCUCACCCCACGGCCCUGUGGAAAGAAAUGUGUGUGUUUUUGCCAAUUUUAACCGCACACUUGUUGUUUGUGUACAUGGAUUUUAUAAUGUCGGAUGUUUUUCCCCCAACCCCACUUUCCAUCAAUUUGUAUAGCAGACCCUCAUGCCAAAUUGAGUCAAAAGCUUUUUUGAAAUCAACAAAGCAUGAGAAGACUUUGCCUUUGUUUUGGUUUGUUUGUUUGUCAAUUAGGGUGUGCAGGGUGAAUACGUGGUCUGUCGUACGGUAAUUUGGUAAAAAGCCAAUUUGACAUUUGCUCAGUACAUUGUUUUCACUGAGGAAAUGAACUAGUCUGCUGUUAAUUAUAAUGCAGAGGAUUUUCCCAAGGUUGCUGUUGACGCAUAUCCCACGGUAGUUAUUGGGGUCAAAUUUGUCUCCACUUUUGUGGAUUGGGGUGAUCAGUCCUUGGUUCCAAAUAUUGGGGAAGAUGCCAGAGCUAAGGAUGAUGUUAAAGAGUUUAAGUAUAGCUAAUUAAAAUUUGUGGUCUGUAUAUUUUAUCAUUUCAUUGAGGAUACCAUCAACACCACAUUACUUUUUGGGUUGGAGGGUUUGUAUUUUGUCCUGUACUUCAUUCAAUGUAAUUGGAGAAUCCAGUGGGUUCUGGUAGUCUUUAAUAGUUGAUUCUAAGAUUUGCAUUUGAUCAUGUAUAUUUUUUUGCUGUUUGUUCUCUGUUAUAGGGACAAAAAGAUUGGAGAAGUGGUUUACCCAUACAUCUCUGUUUUGGAUAGAUAGCUCCCAGAAGUGGUUAGAGUCUAUGGAUUCUUCGAUUACAUUGAGCUGAUUUCUGACAUGCUGUUCCUUCUUUUUCCGUAGUGUAUUUCUGUAUUGUUUUAGUGAUUCACCAUAGUGAAGGCGUAGGCUCAGGUUUUCUGGGUCUCUAUGUUUUUGGUUGGAUAGGUUUCUCAAUUUCUUUCUUAGGUUUUUGCAUUCUUCAUCAAACCAUUUAUCACUGUUAUUACUUUUCUUUGGUUUUCUGUUAAGAGAUUUUUAGAUUUGAUAGGGAAGCUGAGAGGUCAUAUAUACUGUUUAGGUUUUCUACUGCCAAGUUUACACCUUCACUAUUACAGUGGAACGUUUUGUCCAGGAAGUUGUCUAGAAUGGAUUGAAUUUGUUGUUUCCUAAUUGUUUUUGGUAGGUUUUCAACACUACUUUCCUUCCAUCUAUAGCAUUUCUUAAUAUUAUUCAGUUCCUUUGGCUUUGAUGCCUCAUGAUUGAGUAUUGCUCUGUUCAAGUAGACUGUGAUUUUGCUGUGGUCUGAUAGGGGUGUCAGUGGGCUGACUGUGAACGCUUUGAGAGACUCUGGGUUGAGGUCAGUGAUAAAGUAGUCUACAGUACUACUGCCAAGAGUCCCCUCGAAGCCUACCAUUGACUAUGUACAUACCCUGUGUGCGACAGAGCUGCAGGAGUCGUGACCCCGUUUUUGUUGGUUAUGUUGUCGUAGUUGGGCCCUAGGGGGGCAUAUGGGGGAGGGAAUGCUGUCACCUCCAGGUAGGUGUUUGUCCCCCUGUGUGCUGAGGGUGUCAGGUUCUUGUCCAGUUCUGGCAUUUAGGUCGCCACAGACUAGUACAUGUCCCUGGGUCUGGAAAUGAUUGAUUUCCCCCUCCAGGAUGGAGAAACUGUCUUCAUUAAAGUAUGGGGAUUCUAGUGGGGGGAUAUAGGUAGCACACAGGAGGACAUUUUUCUCAGUUGAGAUAAUUUCCUUUUGAAUUUCUAACCAAAUGUAAAAUGUUCCUGUUUUGAUUAAUUUAAUAGAGUGAGUUAGGUCUGCUCUAUACCAAAUUAGCAUACCCCCUGAGUCCCUUCCCAGUUUCACACCUGGUAGUUUGGUGGAUGGGACUACCAGCUCUCUGUAACCUAGAGGGCAACCAGUGGGUCCGUCUCCUCUAUACCAUGUUUCUUGUAGGAUGACAAUGUCUGUAUUUCCGAUUUCUUUGGUGAAGUCCAGAUUCCUGCUCUUUAGGCCAAAGGCAGAUGACCUCAGGCCUUGGAUAUUCCAGGAUGGAAAUAGUGAAGGCUUUGUGUUCCAUAAAGUGUCUAAUGUUGUUGGUUGUGUGGUUUGGCCUCAGGCCAGUAAUUGUGAGCAGAGCCUGCUGAGCAUCUGGUACAUGCCAUUGGCUUGGGCUAGUGUUAAGUGUGGGUGUUGGGCCUGUUUGCCUGCUCACGGCCUGGGCGUAUGUGUGACUUUCAUGUUGAGGCCCUCUUUGUGGGAGUGGGGGGCUUGGGGUGGGGUAGGAGGGGCAUAGGUCUGAUCUGAGGGGGCCUAAAUGGGGUGUGGGCAUGGUUGACUUGGGGGGGAGUUUAAUUGGUGGGGGUGGGGGUGUAGAUGUGGUUGAUGGUGCUGUGGUCUGGAUGUAAUCUCUGUAUCUCGUCUCUGUAUUUCAGAGAGUACCUGUACUGAUGACAUGUCUCCCUGGCAGGUUUAACCUGGACCCAGAGUGUACCUGUACUGAUGUCAUGUCUCCCUGGCAGGUUUUAACCUGGACCCAGAGUGUACCUGUACUGAUGUCAUGUCUCCCUGGCAGGUUUAACCUGGACCCAGAGUGUACCUGUACUGAUGUCAUGUCUCCCCUGGCAGGUUUAACCUGGACCCAGAGUGUACUGUACUGAUGACAGACUGUGGGAGGCGCUAGAAAUCGCCCAGCUGAAGACAUGGUUCAAAGCCCUUUCUGGGGACUGGGUAUGUGUCUGUCUGCCUGUCUGCCUGACUGUCUACCUGUCUGCCUGCCUGUCUGUUACCUGUCUGCCUGACUGACUGUCACAUCUAGGGCUGUAAUACUGGGAAUCUACAACUGGGUUUUGGGGAAAGUAUUUUGGAAUUUUGCAAUCUCUCAACUACACAAUCUGGCAACCUGCAACCACACAAUUUGGCAACCUCCAACUAACACCAAUCUGGCUCCUACAACCACACAAUCUGGCCACCUCCAAACCACACAAUCUGGAAACCUGCAACAACACAAUAUGGCAACCUCUAACCACACAAUCUGGUCACCCACAAUCUGGGCAACCUCCAACCACACAAUCUGGCAACCUCCAGCCACACAAUCUGGCCACUCCAAACCACACAAUCUGGCAACCUCCAACCACACAAUCUGGCAAACUCCAACCACACAAUCUGGCAAACUCCAACCACACAAUCUGGCCACUUCCAACCACACAAUCUUUGGGAAAGCAUAUUGGAGGGAAAACUAAUCAGACAAUAUGCUACUAAAAUAGAGCUUUCAGAAAGACGAUUGCCUUAAUAACGACUUGUGUGUGUGUGUGUGGUGUGUAUGUGGUGUGUGUGUGUGUGUGUGUGGUGUGUGUGUGUGUUCCAGACGCGGGUGGUGACAGAGGGAGGGGAAAACUUCAGUGUGGGUCAGAGGCAGUUGUUCUGUCUGGCCAGAGCCUUCGUCAGGAAGAGCUCCAUCCUCAUUAUGGAUGAAGCCACCGCAUCCAUCGACAUGGCAACGGUGAGCUUACACACCCUAACAGUCAUGUACCCUCCAUCACUAGAUCUUUAGUAAUAUUAUGAUCAUACGUUUCAUUUUCUGCUCUUUUCAUUUUUGUACAGCCAGAUCUAUGACAUUACUUUUACAGCAUAUGGUAUAAACAAUAAAUCAAUGUCAGAUACAUUAUAUAAAUAAAAAAACAGACAUUCAUAUUGAGCCCUGUACAUAGAGGUUUGAUCAAUAGCAGAACACAUGUCCAUGUAUUUCAACCAGCCACAUACUCUUCAUUAGGGCACCCUGUUGUAAAUGAAGCAUUGAUUUCCAUUUGAAGCUAGAAUCCUUAGUUGCUGUAUCCAUUUUUGGACUUAUAAAUGAAAAAUAUUACCCAUUGUUCUUAAAGAACAUAAACUUAUAAAGCCUCAUGAGCUUAGUUUCAACGGUCGUAACCCAUCAGAACCCAAAAUGUAAGCUUGUUUUACCCAAGUUUGUAAACGAUGUAAAUGUAAACAAACCACAUAUACCUUUCUUUGAGUAAUUAUUUUAAGUAGGACUGUGAUUUGCUGUGGUCUGAUAGGGGUGUCAGUGGGCUGACUGUGAACGCUUUGAGAGACUCUGGGUUGAGGUCAGUGAUAAAGUAGUCUACAGUACUACUGCCAAGAGUCCCCUCGAAGCCUACCAUUGACUAUGUACAUACCCUGUGUGCGACAGAGCUGCAGGAGUCGUGACCCGUUUUUGUUGGUUAUGUUGUCGUAGUUGGGCCUAGGGGGGCAUAUGGGGGAGGGAAUGCUGUCACCUCCAGGUAGGUGUUUGUCCCCCUGUGUGCUGAGGGUGUCAGGUUCUUGUCCAGUUCUGGCAUUUAGGUCGCCACAGACUAGUACAUGUCCCUGGGUCUGGAAAUGAUUGAUUUCCCCCUCCAGGAUGGAGAAACUGUCUUCAUUAAAGUAUGGGGAUUCUAGUGGGGGGAUAUAGGUAGCACACAGGAGGACAUUUUUCUCAGUUGAGAUAAUUUCCUUUUGAAUUUCUAACCAAAUGUAAAAUGUUCCUGUUUUGAUUAAUUUAAUAGAGUGAGUUAGGUCUGCUCUAUACCAAAUUAGCAUACCCCCUGAGUCCCUUCCCAGUUUCACACCUGGUAGUUUGGUGGAUGGGACUACCAGCUCUCUGUAACCUAGAGGGCAACCAGUGGGUCCGUCUCCUCUAUACCAUGUUUCUUGUAGGAUGACAAUGUCUGUAUUUCCGAUUUCUUUGGUGAAGUCCAGAUUCCUGCUCUUUAGGCCAAAGGCAGAUGACCUCAGGCCUUGGAUAUUCCAGGAUGAAAUAGUGAAGGCUUUGUGUUCCAUAAAGUGUCUAAUGUUGUUGGUUGUGUGGUUUGGCCUCAGGCCAGUAAUUGUGAGCAGAGCCUGCUGAGCAUCUGGUACAUGCCAUUGGCUUGGGCUAGUGUAAGUGUGGGUGUUGGGCCUGUUUGCCUGCUCACGGCCUGGGCGUAUGUGUGACUUUCAUGUUGAGGCCCUCUUUGUGGGAGUGGGGGGCUUGGGGUGGGUAGGAGGGGCAUAGGUCUGAUCUGAGGGGGCCUAAAUGGGGUGUGGGCAUGGUUGACUUGGGGGGGAGUUAAUUGGUGGGGGUGGGGGUGUAGAUGUGGUUGAUGGUGCUGUGGUCUGGAUGUAUCUCUGUAUCUCUGUCUCUGUAUUUCAGAGAGUACCUGUACUGAUGACAUGUCUCCCUGGCAGGUUUAACCUGGACCCAGAGUGUACCUGUACUGAUGUCAUGUCUCCCUGGCAGGUUUAACCUGGACCCAGAGUGUACCUGUACUGAUGUCAUGUCUCCCUGGCAGGUUUAACCUGGACCCAGAGUGUACCUGUACUGAUGUCAUGUCUCCCUGGCAGGUUUAACCUGGACCCAGAGUGUACCUGUACUGAUGACAGACUGUGGGAGGCGCUAGAAAUCGCCCAGCUGAAGAACAUGGUCAAAGCCCUUUCUGGGGGACUGGGUAUGUGUCUGUCUGCCUGUCUGCCUGACUGUCUACCUGUCUGCCUGCCUGUCUGUCUACCUGUCUGCCUGACUGACUGUCACAUCUAGGGCUGUAAUACUGGGAAUCUUACAAACUGGGUUUUGGGGAAAGUAUUUGGAAUUUUGCAAUCUCUAACUACACAAUCUGGCAACCUGCAACCACACAAUUUGGCAACCUCCAACUACACAAUCUGGCUACCUACAACCACACAAUCUGGCCACCUCCAAACCACACAAUCUGGAAACCUGCAACAACACAAUAUGGCAACCUCUAACCACACAAUCUGGUCACCACAAUCUGGCAACCUCCAACCACACAAUCUGGCAACCUCCAGCCACACAAUCUGGCCACCUCCAAACCACACAAUCUGGCAACCUCCAACCACACAAUCUGGCAAACUCCAACCACACAAUCUGGCAAACUCCAACCACACAAUCUGGCCACUUCCAACCACACAAUCUUUGGGAAAGCAUAUUGGAGGGAAAACUAAUCAGACAAUAUGCUACUAAAAUAGAGCUUUCAGAAAGACGAUUGCCUUAAUAACGACUUGUGUGUGUGUGUGUGUGUGUAUGUGUGUGUGUGUGUGUGUGUGUGUGUGUGUGUGUGUGUGUUCCAGACGCGGUGGUGACAGAGGGAGGGGAAAACUUCAGUGUGGGUCAGAGGCAGUUGUUCUGUCUGGCCAGAGCCUUCGUCAGGAAGAGCUCCAUCCUCAUUAUGGAUGAAGCCACCGCAUCCAUCGACAUGGCAACGGUGAGCUUACACACCCUAACAGUCAUGUACCCUCCAUCACUAGCUCUUUAGUAAUAUUAUGAUCAUACGUUUCAUUUUCUGCUCUUUUCAUUUUGUACAGCCAGAUCUAUGACAUUACUUUUACAGCAUAUGGGUAUAAACAUAAAUCAAUGUCAGAUACAUUAUAUAAAUAAAAAAACAGACAUUCAUUAUUGAGCCCUGUACAUAGAGGUUUGAUCAAUAGCAGAACACAUGUCCAUGUAUUUCAACCAGCCACAUACUCUUCAUUAGGGCACCUGUUUGUAAAUGAAGCAUUGAUUUCCAUUGAAGCUAGAAUCCUUAGUUGCUGUAUCCAUUUUUGGACUUAUAAAUUAAUAAUAUCUACCCAUUGAUUCUUAAAGAACAUAACUUAUAAAUGCCUCAUGAGCUUAGUUCAACUGUCGUAACCCCAUCAGAACCCAAAAUGUAAGCUUGUUUUACUCCAAUGUUUGUAAACGAUGUAAAUGUAAACAAACACUAUAUAGCCUCAAAACAUGGUUUAAAACUAUAAUGUUGAUAUCAUGGAUGGUCAGUCCUUGCAUCCAUAGCUCUGUCUAUGUAUUUCAGAGUGGUUCCAUUUCUCCAGCUCCAUCCUGAGGCUGGGAGAACGUAUUGUUAUUGUUUAAAUGAAGGAUUCUAUCUUUAGGGGCCGUUAAGUUUUGUUGCGAUUGCUGCGCGACAGUGAGGACCCUCACUCUCCUCCAGCCUCUCAGGUUUCAGUCCGGAGGCAUGGCAGUUUAUAAUAAAAUUACUGGCAGUUUAUAAUAAAAUUACUGGCAGUUUAUAUAUCAAUUACUUGCAGUUUAUAAUAAAAUUACUGUCAGUUUAUAUAUAAAUUACUGGCAGUUUAUAAUAAAAUUACUGGCAGUUUAUAAUAAAAUUACUGGCAGUUUAUAUAUCAAUUACUUGCAGUUUAUAUAUAAAUUACUGGCAGUUUAUAUAUCAAUUACUGGCAGUUUAUAUAUCAAUUACUUGCAGUUUAUAUAUAAAUUACUGGCAGUUUAUAAUAAAAUUACUGGCAGUUUAUAUAUCAAUUACUUGCAGUUUAUAAUAAAAUUACUGUCAGUUUAUAUAUAAAUUACUGGCAGUUUAUAAUAAAAUUACUGGCAGUUUAUAAUAAAAUUACUGGCAGUUUAUAUAUCAAUUACUUGCAGUUUAUAUAUAAAUUACUGGCAGUUUAUAUAUCAAUUACUGGCAGUUUAUAUAUCAAUUACUUGCAGUUUAUAUAUAAAUUACUGGCAGUUUAUAAUAAAAUUACUGUCAGUUUAUAUAUAAAUUACUUGCAGUUUAUAUUCAAAUUACUGGCAGUUUAUAUAUCAAUUACUGGCAGUUUAUAUAUCAAUUACUUGCAGUUUAUAUAUAAAUUACUGGCAGUUAAUAUAUAAAUUACUGGCAGUUUAUAUAUCAAUUACUGGCAGUUUAUAUAUCAAUUACUGGCAGUUUAUAUGUAAAUUACUGGCAGUUUAUAUAUCAAUUACUGGCAGUUUACAAUAAAAUUACUGGCAGUUUAUAUAUCAAUUACUUGCAGUUUAUAUAUAAAUUACUGGCAGUUUAUAAUAAAAUUACUGUCAGUUUAUAUAUAAAUUACUUGCAGUUUAUAUAUAAAUUACUGGCAGUUUAUAUAUCAAUUACUGGCAGUUUAUAUAUCAAUUACUUGCAGUUUAUAUAUAAAUUACUGGCAGUUUAUAUAUAAAUUACUGGCAGUUUAUAUAUCAAUUACUUGCAGUUUAUAUAUAAAUUACUGGCAGUUUAUAUAUCAAUUACUGGCAGUUUAUAUAUCAAUUACUGGCAGUUUAUAUGUAAAUUACUGGCAGUUUAUAUAUCAAUUACUGGCAGUUUACAAUAAAAUUACUGGCAGUUUAUAUAUCAAUUACUUGCAGUUUAUAUAUAAAUUACUGGCAGUUUAUAUAUCAAUUACUGGCAGUUUAUAUAUCAAUUACUGGCAGUUUAUAUAUCAAUUACUGGCAGUUUAUAUGUAAAUUACUGGCAGUUUAUAUAUACAUUACUGGCAGUUUAUAUAUACAGUGGGGGAAAAAAGUAUUUAGUCAGCCACCAAUUGUGCAAGUUCUCCCACUUAAAAAGAUGAGAGAGGCCUGUAAUUUUCAUCAUAGGUACACGUCAACUAUGACAGACAAAAUGAGAAAAAAAUAUCCAGAAAAUCACAUUGUAGGAUUUUUAAUGAAUUUAUUUGCAAAUUCUGGUGGAAAAUAAGUAUUUGGUCAAUAACAAAAGUUUCUCAAUACUUUGUUAUAUACCCUUUGUUGGCAAUGACACAGGUCAAACGUUUUCUGUAAGUCUUCACAAGGUUUUCACACACUGUUGCUGGUAUUUUGUCCCAUUCCUCCAUGCAGAUCUCCUCUAGAACAGUGAUGUUUUGUGGCUGUCGCUGGGCAACACGGACUUUCAACUCCCUCCAAAGAUUUUCUAUGGGGUUGAGAUCUGGAGACUGGCUAGGCCACUCCAGGACCUUGAAAUGCUUCUUACGAAGCCACUCCUUCGUUCCCGGGCGGUGUGUUUGGGAUCAUUGUCAUGCUGAAAGACCCAGCCACGUUUCAUCUUCAAUGCCCUUGCUGAAGGAAGGAGGUUUUCACUCAAAAUCUCACGAUACAUGGCACCAUUCAUUCUUUCCUUUACACGGAUCAGUCGUCCUGGUCCCUUUGCAGAAAAACAGCCCCAAAGCAUGAUGUUUCCACCCCCAUGCUUCACAGUAGGUAUGGUGUUCUUUGGAUGCAACUCAGCAUUCUUUGUCCUCCAAACACGACGAGUUGAGUUUUUACCAAAAAGUUAUAUUUUGGUUUCAUCUGACCAUAUAACAUUCUCCCAAUCCUCUUCUGGAUCAUCCAAAUGCACUCUAGCAAACUUCAGACGGGCCUGGACAUGUACUGGCUUAAGCAGGGGGACACGUCUGGCACUGCAGGAUUUGAUUCCCUGGUGGCGUAGUGUGUUACUGAUGGUAGGCUUUGUUACUUUGGUCCCAGCUCUCUGCAGGUCAUUCACUAGGUCCCCCCGUGUGGUUCUGGGAUUUUUGCUCACCGUUCUUGUGAUCAUUUUGACCCCACGGGGUGAGAUCUUGCGUGGAGCCCCAGAUCGAGGGAGAUUAUCAGUGGUCUUGUAUGUCUUACAUUUCCUAAUAAUUGCUCCCACAGUUGAUUUCUUCAAACCAAGCUGCUUACCUAUUGCAGAUUCAGUCUUCCCAGCCUGGUGCAGGUCUACAAUUUUGUUUCUGGUGUCCUUUGACAGCUCUUUGGUCUAGGCCAUAGUGGAGUUUGGAGUGUGACUGUUUGAGGUUGUGGACAGGUGUCUUUUAUACUGAUAACAAGUUCAAACAGGUGCCAUUAAUACAGGUAACGAGUGGAGGACAGAGGAGCCUCUUAAAGAAGAAGUUACAGGUCUGUGAGAGCCAGAAAUCUUGCUUGUUUGUAGGUGACCAAAUACUUAUUUUCCACCAUCAUUUGCAAAUAAAUUCAUAAAAAAUCCUACAAUGUGAUUUUCUGGAAUUUCUUUUCUCAAUUUGUCUGUCAUAGUUGACGUGUACCUAUGAUGAAAAUUACAGGGCUCUCUCAUCUUUUUAAGUGGGAGAACUUGCACAAUUGGUGGCUGACUAAAUACUUUUUUCCCCCACUGGACAUUACUGGCAGUUUAUAUAUAUACAUUACUGGCAGUUUAUAUACACAUUACUGGCAGUUUAUAUAUAGAGUGUGCGACUCUCUUUAUUUGUUUUUAUACGGAAAAGCAGGCCAACAUCAAUCUGAGGUCGUUACGAUCACAGCUGUAGCAUUAACCUUUGACCCUGACAGGUACACUCUAUCAAACUACCAUCACACUGUGAUGUAGACAACAAAGAGGUGACAACACUCACAAUGGAGUGACAUUGCUGUGGAGUGCGCAUGGUUGUAUCUAAGGCUGUGCUCCUAAUGACACACUAUUCCCUAUAAAGUGCACUAUUUUCUGGCCAGGGCCUAUAGGGCGAUGGUCAAAAGUAGUGCACUAUGCAAGGAAUAGGGUGCCAUUUGGGACACAGCCUAAAGAGCUGACCUACUUCUCAUUUCUCACCCCUACAGGAGAAUGUCUUACAGAAGGUGGUGAUGACAGCCUUCGCCGACCGAACAGUCGUCACUAUUGCAGUAAGUCUGUUACAGCCUGUAGGUCAUUAGGUCAUUAGCUUGAAAGGUCAGAUGUGGAAGAGUUAUUCUGUGUAUAGAUGUGGAGACUCCUCUUGGUCUGCUCUCUCUCUCUAUGGAUCAAUCAUUGGAGAAAGGAUAGAGACUAGGACUAGCUGAUUUCUCCUCGCUUUUAGAUGAGCUCCUCUUCCUUAUCCUAUCUUUCCAAUGUCUCCUGUGUCAUCAUACUGUACCUCUGCUACUCAUGCCUCCAAAUACUUCUCAUGCCUCCAAAUGCUUCUCAUGCCUCCAAAUGCUUCUCAUGCCUCCAAAUGCUUCUCAUGCCUCCAAAUGCAUUUACGGACCGAUUCAGAGUUGGGAUAAGGCGGAACUCGAACAUUACCAUAAAUCAUUUAUUGAUGUCAGUGGGAGACUGAUGAAAAUUGAUGUUAAGUGUGCUGCAGAUCUCAACUCUGAAUGAACCUCUCUAGACUCAAACAGCUUGUCUGCUGUCCUUCCUUCACCUGUCUUCUUCUCCUUGUUUUACCUGUCUGUCUGUUCUUGCUCCUCUCCUUCUGUCUCCCCGUCUAUCCUUCUCACCGUUCUGCCGCCCAGCACCUGGUGUCCUCCAUCUUGGAGGCUGAACAGGUGCUGGUGUUCUCCACGGGGCAGCUAGUGGAGUUUGACUCUGCAGCCAACCUGCUAGCACAGCAGGACAGCCUCUUCAGUGUCUUAGUGAGGACUCACAAGUAGGCCCUGUCCCACUCUGCCUCUCAGGCCUCUACAGCCUCCCGGGUUGGUACUGCAUGCUGUCUGAGACCACUGUCAGGGGGUUAAAGAGAGGGGUACUACAUCUAAUCUGUCUGGGGGUUAAAUAGAGGGGUACUACAUCUAAUUUGUCUGGGGGUUAAAUAGAGGGGUACUACAUCUAAUUUGUCUGGGGGUUAAAUAGAGGGGUACUACAUCUAAUUUGUCUGGGGGUUAAGGAGGGAUACUACAUCUAAUCUGUCUGGGUGUAAGGAGGGAUACUACAUCUAAUCUGUCUGGGGGUUAAGGAGGGAUACUACAUCUAAUCUGUCUGGGGGUUAAGGAGAGGGUUACUACAUCUAAUCUGUCUGGGGGUUAAGGAGGGAUACUACAUCUAAUCUGUCUGGGGGUUAAAGAGGGAUACUACAUCUAAUCUGUCUGGGGGUUAAAGAGGGAUACUACAUCUAAUCUGUCUGGGGGUUGAGGACGGAUACUACAUCUAAUCUGUCUGGGGGUUAAGGAGAGGGGUACUAUAUCUAAUCUGUCUGGGGGUUAAGGAGAGAGGUACUACAUCUAAUCUGUCUGGGGGUUAAGGAGGGAUACUACAUCUAAUCUGUCUGGGGGUUAAGGAUAGGGAUACUACAUCUAAUCUGUCUGGGGGUUAAAGAGGGAUACUACAUCUAAUCUGUCUGGGGGUUAAAGAGAGAUACUACAUCUAAUCUGUCUGGGGGUUAAAGAGAGAUACUACAUCUAAUCUGUCUGGGGGUUAAGGAGGGAUACUACAUCUAAUCUGUCUGGGGGUUAAAGAGGGAUACUACAUCUAAUCUGUCUGGGGGUUAAAGAGAGGGGUACUACAUCUAAUCUGUCUGGGGGUUAAAGAGAGAUACUACAUCUAAUCUGUCUGGGGGUUAAGGAGGGGUACUACAUCUAAUCUGUUUGGGGGUUAAAGAGAAGGGUACUACAUCUAAUCUGUCUGGGGGUUAAAGAGGAAUACUACAUCUAAUCUGUCUGGGGGUUAAAGAGAUACUACAUCUAAUCUGUCUGGGGGUUAAAGAAAGAUACUACAUCUAAUCUGUCUGGGGGUUAAAGAGAGAUACUACAUCUAAUCUGUCUGGGGGUUAAAGAGAGGGUUACUACAUCUAAUCUGUCUGGGGGUUAAGGAGAGGGGUACUACAUCUAAUCUGUCUGGGGGUUAAGGAGGGAUACUACAUCUAAUCUGUCUGGGGGUUAAAGAGGGAUACUACAUCUAAUCUGUCUGGGGGUUAAAGAGGGAUACUACAUCUAAUCUGUCUGGGGGUUAAAGAGGGAUACUACAUCUAAUCUGUCUGGGGGUAAGGAGGGAUACUACAUCUAAUCUGUCUGGGGGUUAAGGAGGGAUGCUACAUCUAAUCUGUCUGGGGGUUAAGGAGAGGGGUACUAUAUCUAAUCUGUCUGGGGGUUAAGGAGAGGGAUACUACAUCUAAUCUGUCUGGGGGUUAAGGAUAGGGAUACUACAUCUAAUCUGUCUGGGGGUUAAAGAGGGAUACUACAUCUAAUCUGUCUGGGGGUUAAAGAGAGAUACUACAUCUAAUCUGUCUGGGGGUUAAAGAGAGAUACUACAUCUAAUCUGUCUGGGGGUUAAGGAGGGAUACUACAUCUAAUCUGUCUGGGGGUUAAAGAGGGAUACUACAUCUAAUCUGUCUGGGGGUUAAAGAGAGGGGUACUGCAUCUAAUCUGUCUGGGGGUUAAAGAGAGAUACUACAUCUAAUCUGUCUGGGGGUUAAGGAGGGGUACUACAUCUAAUAUGUUUGGGGGUUAAAGAGGAGGGUACUACAUCUAAUCUGUCUGGGGGUUAAAGAGGAAUACUACAUCUAAUCUGUCUGGGGGUUAAAGAGAUACUACAUCUAAUCUGUCUGGGGGUUAAAGAGAGAUACUACAUCUAAUCUGUCUGGGGGUUAAAGAGAGAUACUACAUCUAAUCUGUCUGGGGGUUAAAGAGAGGGUUACUACAUCUAAUCUGUCUGGGGGUUAAGGAGGGAUACUACAUCUAAUCUGUCUGGAGGUUAAAGAGAGGGGUACUACAUCUAAUCUGUCUGGGGGUUAAGGAGGGAUACUACAUCUAAUCUGUCUGGAGGUUAAAGAGAGGGGUACUACAUCUAAUCUGUCUGGGGGUUAAGGAGGGAUACUACAUCUAAUCUAAUUAGCAGUUGGCUCUUGGAGGUUGACUCUUGGGGUUGUGAAAUAAGACUAAAUGAAAAUACAUGUUUUUAUUCAGGUAUCUGUUAGAUUUUCUCAGCACAGUUUAUCUCUGUCUGUCUGGCUACAUUGCAAGUCAAAGCUGCAUUGCAUCCCUUACUCUUUUUUGUGUAGUUAAACAAUCAAUGUAAUGUGUGUGUGUGUGUGUGUGUGUGUGUGUGUGUGUGUGUGUGUGUGUGUGUUCUUCAUGCAGCAUCGUGUACACACUAUCCUGGAAGCUGACCUGGUGAUCGUGAUGAAGCGAGGGAACAUCUUGGAGAUGGACAAACCAGAGAGCCUUCUGGAGCACGAGGACGGCAUGUUCGCUUCCUUCGUCAGGGCUGACAUG